GUCGCCAGAGCGCGCGCCGUUCCCCCCCCCUCCGGCGUGCGUGCGUGCGUGCGAGCGAGCCGAUGAGCGCGUGGGAGAGGGAGGGGGGUGACGGAGCUCUAGCGCGGUGACGAGCAAAGUGUGUGCCCGCCAUAGUGAUAGCAGCCGCCGGGCCGCGGUGCGUGGGGGCCGGGAGGAGGCCGAGAGGGGCAGCAGCGACGCCGGACAGGUACGGCGCGCGGGGGGCCGGGCUGAGGGGGGAAAGGGCAGGCCGGCAAGCCGAGGCCGGUGACAGGCGCAGGCCGGGGUGGGGGCCGCCUCGGCAGCCCGCCUGGGCGGACGGCGCGGAGGCUGCCUCCUAGCCCCGGCAGCGAGGCUCCCAUGUGUUCCUGGCUCCCUCUCGCCGGUGCCCAGGACCGGGAGGUGGGGAGGGAGGCGGGCGGGCGGGCGGAAGGCGGCUCGGGCCCUUCUCCGCGUUGCCCUCCCGGGCCGGGAGCAGAGGGAGAGGAGACGGCGCUGGCUCUCGCUUUAUCUCCCCGUGUGAAGAAGGGAAGGGAGUUUGAGGGGGUCGCGUGCGAGGGGGAAGUGCCCAGAUGAGGGAUACGUAGCGAUAUACCUAAGCCAUGGGUUGCGGUCGUGGGCAUGUUUUCCGAAAGCCGCGGUGCGACCGAGUUCCGAGUCAGCGCGCGCAGGGCUGCCCUGGUAGGCGAGCAACUCACUUUUCUCUCGUCUCCACGCGGAUCGCCCUGCAUCUUUCGGCUUCUCCCCUCCCCCUCCCCCCGAAAGUGCUGGAGGCGGAGAAGAGGGGUAAGGGCGAUGCUGGGGGAUCAAAGACCAACAUGUGUUGCAAAGUAGAGGGUAGUUUCUUCCUCUGCCCCCGUCUCCCUUCCUCAUUUACUUGCCCGGCUUCUGGUCCUUGCUGAUCCUGCCAGCGCGAGCAUACCUUUUCUGUUUUGUUCCCAACCCACUUUUUCUUCUCCUCCUCUCUGGCCCCCAGCUGUCACCUCUCAGGGUGGGGGAGGGACGCUGGCGCCGUGGCAGCUUUUACAUAAACUCUCGAGGGAGGUUUUGUCUGCCCGAAGCUUAUUCUCUUCCCCCCACGUGAACCACCUUUCUCUUUGCGACACCAAUUGUAGGGCUUAGUUUGAGUUAGGAAACUGUUUUCGAUGCCAGAAUUCAGCUCUGCGAAGUUGUUCGUGUCUUUGUGCGUGUGAAUAAUUCUUUUGCCCAGACAAAUGGGAAGCUACUACUACCCCUGCUGCAUACACGUUGGAGUGGGGAAGAAAUUUUAGAUUGGUUUGAGUUGUAGUAUAUUUAAUUUUAGAACUUAGCCCCAGAUAUUGAAUAGUACAAGGAACACCUGUGAUGCUUCUCUCUUGGAAUAUACUAUUUACUGAUACACCUGCCCUUAUGGGCAGUGUGUUCUGUGGUAGGGUGACAGUGGCUUGCAUAUUACAGGGACCUCUGAGGGAGUGAAAAUCUACCUUGCAGCCCUUGCAUUUGGUUUCUUAUAUUGGUAGAAGCCAGGCCAUCCAGUAUCAGGUGUUGUGGGCAGUGUUAGAAACUCAGAUAUAUAAGUUAAUUGCCAAAUGGCGCCUUAAACCUAGGUUACAGUCACCACAAUGGUAUGUCUAGGUGUCACCCCCUCCAGCUGAGUUGUUACUGUUAUUAAUAUUGUUUUCAUUCUAUACUGCUUUAUAUUUUAAAGAAAAAAAUCUGCAAGCUGUUUACAACACAUUAAAACAUCAAUAAUAAAUAAUAAUAAAUUUUAUUUAUAUCCCGCCCUCCCCAGCCGAAGCCGGGCUCAGGGCGGCUAACAACAAUAAAACAGUACAAAAGUACAGCACAAACAACACUCUAAAAUCAUUCAUUAUAAAAUUAAUUAAUUCAAGCCACUGGCAACCAUUGGGCCAGAGCUCCGCGAAGAUUGCCGAGGGAGGGAGUCAGGCUGUGUCCUGGCCAAAGGCCUGGUGGAACAGCUCUGUCUUGCAGGCCCUGCGGAAAGAUGUCAAGUCCCGCAGGGCCCUGGUCUCUUGUGACAGUGUGUUCCACCAGAUCGGAGCCACGGCUGAAAAAGCCCUGGCUCUAGUUGAGGCCAGCCUAACUUCUCUGCGGCCUGCGACCUUCAAGAUGUUUUUAUUUGAAGACCGUAAGUUUCUCUGUGGGGCAUACCAGGAGAGGCGGUCCCGUAGGUACGAGGGUCCUAGGCCGUAUAGGGCUUUAAAGGUUAAAACCAGCACCUUAAACCUGAUCCUGUACUCCACCGGGAGCCAGUGCAGCUGGUAUAGCACCGGGUGAAUGUGAUCUCGCAGCGAAGACCCCGUAAGGAGUCUCUCUGCAGCAUUCUGCACCUGCUGGAGUUUCUGGGUCAGUCUCAAGGGCAGCCCCACGUAGAGCGAGUUACAAUAAUCCAGUCUGGAGGUGACCGUUGCGUGGAUCACAGUGGCUAGGUCAGGGCGAGAGAGGUAAGGAGCCAACUGCUUAGCUUGGCGGAGAUGGAAAAAUGCCGCCUUUGUUGUACAGUAGCUGCAAUCUGCGCCUCCAUGGAAAGGGAGGUGUCGAAGAUUGCACCCAAACUCUUAACGGACGGUGCUGACACUAAUUGCGCCCCCGCAAGAGAUGGGAGUUGGCCCCCCAAUCCCAUAUCGUCCCGUCCCAGCCACAGGACCUCUGUCUUCAAAGGAUUUAGCUUCAACCGGCUCCCAUGUAACCAUCCAGCCACAGCUUCUAAACAUCUGAUCAGUGUGUCUGGGGCCGAGUCAGGAUGGCCAUCCAUCAACAGAUAGAUAUCAGAACAGAUAUCCAUCAAAUAAAACAAUAAAGAAUAAAACAAAUUUAAGCUUCAAGUAUAAUAUUUCAGAUCCUUCUCUAAGUAACAUUUUACUUGCCCCAGAUUUAUUUACCUACUUAUUUUAUAUAGCUGCACCACAGCAGGAAGAUAGUGUUGUGUAGUGGUGGUUAGAGUGUCAAUAGGACUUGGAAGAUCAGGGUUCAAAUCCCCACUCAGUCAUGAAACUCACUGGGUGACCUUGUCCCAGUCCCAAUCUCUUAACCUACCUCACAGUGUUGUUGUAGGGAUUAACUGGGGAGGGGGAAGCACUCCUUGGAGACAAAGGUAGGCUAUAAAGGCAGUAAAUGAACUCUUCUGCUUAAGAUAGUUGGAGGGGCCAGCCAGAUGGAGAUGUUUAGUCACUAACCUGGCAUCCAGAGAUUUCAGCGUGGUCACAAUUUGACCUGUGCUAGUUGCAAAAUGGUUGUGGGCAGGGAAGUGGGUAGAUCUGGCAUUGCUCUCCUGUUGUGAGGAUAUGUGUCUUCCCUUGUAACUACAUCCUGAAGCACAGCCCUCUUUCUUUGUUCCAUGAAGCUCAAUGUGAACUGUUAAAACUUCCCCAGUAAGCCUUAUCUGCAUAGCCCCAUCUAAACACCUGUCAGGUUUGCAUAGGGAAAGGGUAAUCAGACAUGCAUCUUCUCCACUCUCCCAUUCCAUCCAUGCCCAUGGUGGCUGGGUCAUACAGUGUCAUGGGCGGGUAGCAAGAUUUGACUUGAUCACAACAUAAUACUUCUCAGGCCUUUACAUUUCCCCAUGUAAACACAUGACAAUCAUUCAAUUAUAUAAUGAUUAAUAAUAAUAGCAGCUGCUGGAGGGCAGGAGCACAUCAGAUUAGGAUUACUGUGGCAGGUGAGAGGGGUUAAUGCUUGCCCCUAUUUUUAACAACUUGUCGCCUGAAGCUAUUUGCUCUACAGAGAGAAACCAUAGGUAGUAUUGGGUACGUUUUCCCUCAAAGUAGGAAAAUAGCAGGUUUGUAUGUGUGAUUUUAAUUGGUGAAAUGAUGGUGGUGGGAUGAUUGUGGUGCAAGGGCAGGGGCUAGACCUGAUCUGGUCCUGUCUGUUUGCUCCUUCCUUAUCAGCUGCUAUUAAUUACAGAAUAUACUGAUCACAUACCUAUUCUUGUUUGGUCUUCCAUUGUAAUUGUAUUUCUGAUAUUAAAAACACUUUGUUUAUUUUUGGAUCUUCACAGUAAUCUUGCAAAGUAGAUUACUGUAAAUUCCCCCCCCCCCUUUUCUAAAUAAGGAACUGAGGUUGAACAAUAGUUAUAUUGAUAAUCAACCAAGUUUUACUAAGAGUAGACCUGCUGAAAUUAAUGGGCCUAGUGUAGUCAUGUUCAUUAAUUUCCAUUGGUGUGCUCUGAGUAAAACUUAGCUGAAUCUCAUCCAUAUAGUACACUAUCACCUAGUGAAUCCAUGAUGAAGAUUUGAUCCAGGUCUUGUUGGCCGCUCUCCCAGGUUGCCACUGAACCAUACUGGGGUGGCUAAUUUAUUUAUUUUUUGCCAGAGGACAGCAUUUCGCCAUUGCUGAUUUUUUUUGGGGGGGGGGAGCCACAAGCCAAAAGUGGUUGGGGAUUUAGGUUUUUUUGAAAAAAGAUUAUGACGAUAAUUUUGGACUAAAAUGAAAUAGCUGUAAGCUAUGGUUGAGGAAAAGGAAUGACUAUAAGUAUUUAUUCCAAGGUUGGGAAGGAGGGCAGAAACACUCUGCUGCUGGCAAGGCAAAGCUGCUAACAGCAAAAGCAAUGUAAGGAAGUUAAUAUAUUAGCAGGAUUUUUUUUUAAAAAAAACACACUUGUAAUGUUAUGGAGAAUGUUUAAAUAAGGAAGUAAUUAGAGAGUCUUUUUGUUGACAUCCACAAAUGAAAAUAACACAAAGGUACCAGGGAAGGGAGUGAAGGGAAGUCAGGGGAAUCGAUGAAUCCCAAAAUAUGGAUUAAUAUUAAGAGUGAAUAUAGAUGUUUUGUUUUUUCUUUUUCAAUGUAAUGAUUGUUUAUUAAGAAAAUUAAUAAAAACUUUUUUUAAAAAAAGCUGCUAACAGUCAUUCAUUCUCUCUCUUGCAUGCACACACAGGCGUAUGUAGGUACAUACUUGCAUUUGCAUAUGUAACACACACAGAGAAGCACACUUAGUUGAAGCUGUGUUCCUUUGGCUUUCUGUAUGGGAAAGAUGAGUGGGACGUGGGUGGUGCUAUGGUCUAAACCACAGAGCCUAGGGCUUCCCCAUUAGAAGGUCGGUGGUUCGAAUCCCUGCGAUGAGGUGAGCUGCUGUUGCUUGGUCCCUGCUCUUGCCAACCUAGCAGUUCAAAAGCACAUCAAAGUGCAAGUAGAUAAAUAGGUACCACUCUGGCGGGAAGGUAAACGGCGUUUUUCUGCGCUGCUCUGGUUUGCCAGAAGCAGCUUAGUCAUGCUGGCCACAUGACCCGGAAGCUGUCUACGGACAAACUCCGGCUCCCUCAGCCUAUAGAGUGCGAUGAGUGCACAACCCCAAAGUUGUCCGCGACUGGACCUAACGGUCAGGGGUACCUUUACCUUUACAUUUUAUGGGAAAGAUGAAGGAAGCCUUUGGGAACAGCCAGUGUUAGAAAUUAGCCAGGCACCAGACACAGGUCCAAAUGCAACCUCUGGAUGCCAGGUUUGCAUAUGGGGAAAGCAAAAAGUCACUUAGAGAAGGAUCUGAAGUAUUUUCCUUGAAACUUGAAUUUGUUUUAUUCUGGAUUGUUGUAAUUGAUGUUUUAAUGUGUUGUAAACUGCUUAGAGAUUUGUUCUUUAAAAUAUAAAGCAGUAUAGAAACGAAAUGAAUAAUAAUAAUCUCCGUGGGGGGGGGUGCCUAAAUAUUUCAUUGUGGCAACUGUAACCUAGGUUUAAAGGUCCAUUCGGUGAUUAGAUUAUAUAGCUGAGUUUCUAACACUGGAAACAGCUGCCUCAGGGCACCCUGAGGCAGUGGUUUCCAACUGUCUGUUUUCUUCACCCUGUGCCUUGUUUCAAGACACUCAGUAAGACUUCUCUUGUUCCCAGUGUAACUACCCUGGUGAUAAUUGCCAGCUCUUAGGUAAGUGGCAAUUCCAUUGGAAACUCCACAAGUAGCCCCAUAGAAUGCUUUCAAGCAAAACUGUUUCUUUAGAAAAGGAAGAUUCAACUUCUUCAUUGCUUAAAACAAUAACUUCUUUAGUGUGGGGAUGCUUGCAAUUUCAUCUAAUUAGGUCACAUAAAUGGACCUAAACACCUCCCACUCAUUGCAGUGUAUUAAAUGUACUGUACAAACAUUGGGGUUUCUCCUGCAGCUGUGAACAUCAGCUGUGACUAUACUUUAUUUGAUAUUGGAAAACUUGCUGGACUAGAGAGUUUACAGAUUAACAAAAGACACCUGUUACCUGUAUAAUACUUUGGACAAAACAUUGCCUUGGCAUGGAAUUAAUCCUUUGAUGUCAGGGUGAGUGGAUAUGUGUGUGUGUUGAUUGUUGUGUGCUGCCUUUGAGCUCACAUUCCCUUGCCAAGUAUUUUUUUUACAGCUGUAUUUGAAGCUAAUCUAUGAAAUUGCAUAUUAUAAUAAUGCAAACUAUGUAACCAAAUAAAUAAUUGGUCAAGUAUAUGGAUUGAUCCUGUUGUCAUUGGCUCUUCCUGUUUUGAGAAAGCAACUUGCUUAGCCCAGGGGUUGCAGGGGGAAUGAAUUGGCAGAACACAGAAGCAAAUACUGUAGUGUGCCUUGCACUGUUCAGUGUUCAAAAUCUUUGAAAUAAAGAUUCUGGUCUUCCCUCUUCCCCGGUCUUUCCCCAAAUGACUCAUCAGAUAUCUAGAUAUUUGUGAGUCUUGGGCUGUGUAUUCUUACUGCUACUUUCUGAUGUACUGCCAAUAUAUUCACAGCUGUCUUCUGCUUUUGCACUUAGAAUAAUGUCUGAUAAAGUGGGAAGAGGGAUCUGUUUGUGGAUGGGAAAAGCUCUAAAAAGUGCAGAUUGCCUUUCAGGAAACAGUAUAUCAGUGAGAUAGAAAGCUAUGCAUUGAGUGUGGUUUCUCCACCACUGUGGACUCAAGGCUCACUGAGAAUGUAUAGGAUAUGCUUACAUUUCCCAGUAUAAAUAAGAACAGCACAGUGAAAAUGUUACUGUUAAGCAGAAGGCACAGUAAGUAAGACUUAUAAUCACCUGAAAAUGACAACCGAAAGUGAGCCAAAUAAAUUUGGUGUGGGCUGGGGAGCAAUGAGGAAUUGUACUGAAUAUCUUCAAGUAUACCAAAGCAGGUAUACUUACAAAAUAUGAAAAGUCCAGGAAGUUUGAAAACAGGAAGAGAACAGUCCUAAAAGUAGGAUCCAGGAUUAUUUACUCCUCUGAACAGUGUAGUUUCAUAGGUUUGGGAAAGUGGCCAGUUGACUUUUGGAUUCUUCAGCAGACUAGGAAAAUAUUACUGAAUCUGUCCUGAUUUUAGACAGUUGUGUGCCUCAUAUUAUGGGCAGAAUCCAACACUGCAUGUAGACUUCCAGUCAUGCAACAAAAAUUUACCUUCUCUCAUCCCAAGCACCCUUAAAAUCUGCCCACUGUACUUCAGGUGUGCAGGUGUGUGAGGAGUCAGCAGGGUAGCUGAAGAGUCUGCACAGCUUUGUGUGGAAGAGAGUGAUUCUUAAGAUAUCUUGAUACAAUACAUUUUUAAAGCUCCAGGGGUCAACAGUCUGUGGAUCAUAGUCUAAACCGUUGGUUUAAUUUUAUGUAUUUGGUGAUGGUGAGGAGAAGCAGAAAUGGACAGAGCAAUGGAAGGAAAAGCAGGGUAUUAGUUAGACUUCUAGGAAAUCUGAUGUGUUCCUCCUCUGGCAACCUACUCUGUGGAGAGUAGGGGUGGAAGAAUAAAAAAGUUUGGAUGUAGUGGGCAUCAAUGACUUGCUGGGUCUGAUUUUCCAGGAAGGGACACAGCUGGCAUAAAGUGCUUGAUCAAGAAGCACACUCAAGCUGUCUGCUUGAUUCUGAAAGUGGGAGUGCAUUCUCAUCCAAAACAAGUUGAACAAUCAUUUCUGGCUUGGUGGAACCCCCACCCCCACCCCACCAGCAGUAUUUUUGUUCCAUCUGGGUUUUCAUGGUGCUGUUAGUAACACCAGGAGUCCUCUGUAAUAAAGCCCCCCUAGGUUUUGGUAGGGGACACGGGUUUGCCGAUCAGAAGGUUGGCAGUUCGAAUCCCCGCAAUGGGGUGAGCUCCUGUUGUUCAGUCCCUGCUCCUGCCAACCUAGCAGUUCGAAAGCACGAAGUGCAAAUAGAUAAAUAGGUACCGCUCCGGUGGGAAUGUAAACGGCGUUUCCGUACGCUGCUCUGGUUCGCCAGAAGCAGCUUAGUCAUGCUGGCCACAUGACCUGGAAGCUGUACACUGGCUCCCUUGGCCAAUAAAGCGAGAUGAGCGCUGCAACCCCAGAGUUGUCCAUGACUGGACCUAACAGUCAGGGGUCCCUUUAGCUUUAGGUUUUGGUAGCCCUUUCUGUGUGGCACUUGUCAGAAGAAGUUCAGUAGCUGUGUGAUGGGCUGCUGUUUCCAAUGGAGUUGGUCUGCAAUUUUAUGAGAGUUCAUUUGAGAGAGGCCUUCAUGAAUAAAUGCAAGCCUAAUAUGGCAGCUUUGAAAAAAAAUUAAUACUUAGUUAAGAUUGACUUAAAGGCUCAAGUUUUAUUGUAAUAAACUCCCUUACUAUAAUCUAUUCUCUUCUAUGGGUCCACAGUUUCACUUGCUGACAUCACCACCAUGGCAAAUGUUUCCAGCCUCUGAUGAAUGAUGAGCUCCAGCUUUCCUCUCUGCUUCCAAGCUAGGGAAGAUUUGGGUGGGGCUUUGGUGACUCUGAAAGCCCAUUAUUUAUUUUGUAUUUAUUAAUAAUUACUUAAUAAUUAAUAAUAACUAUUUUUAUUUUAUUAAAUUAAUAUACCACCCUCCAUCAGCAGAUCACAUGGAGGUUUGUAGUAUAAAAACACAGAAAUACAUAAUAUAAUAACAAAAAAAACAAUCAUAACAAAGAAAACAAUACGCGCCCCACUAUAAAAGACCAUAGAUUGUUUAAUUAGCCAAAGGCCGGGGAGAAGAGGAAUGUUUUCUCCUGGUGUCUAUAACUGUAGGGGCAAAUUUAACUCCCUCCCCAGCUCUAAAAUUGGGAGGAAGGUUGGAGAUUAUUGAGUAUGUUUCUAAGGAAAAUGGGGUGGGGGAGGAAUGGUGGUUUACACAUAUUAAACGUGACUAGAGUAUGUAUUUAGAAAAGAGUGGAGAUGAUUUUGGUGCUAUGAGUGCCAUGGAUAUAGGAAGUCAAGCCAUUGGCCCAUCUCUUUCAGUAUUGUCUAUACUGACUGGCAUUGGCUCUAGGGUUUCAGACAGCACAUUACCAGACCUACCUAGAGAUGCCAGGAUUUGAACUAAGGACCUUCUGAUGUUUUACCACUUUGCCACAGCCCUUCCUCAUAGAAGCAUGGUGACAAACUGAUGAACCCUAACCUUCCUCUCUUGAGUUAGUAAGGGAAGCUGGGGGGUGGGGUGGGAGGAUACUAUUAUUAUUAUUAUUAUUAUUUGCCAUUGCUGUUCCAAGUGCCUUGCAAGGAAGUGACGAAUCAGCAAGAUGCAGUCCUUUUCUAGCUUGAAGCUGCCGUGGGGAAUAGGGGUCAUUCUCAAUGGGUUUCUGAGGUCCUUGGCAGGGGAAAUCCCUAUAUACUGUCUCCACCUCCAAGCUGGAGGUGAAUGCUGGGGCUUGUUUUUACAGGAAGGGUCCCCUUGCCUCACCUGCUUUCCAAAAUUGAAACUAAAGACGAAAGCAGGAAAUGUUCUCUGUAUGUUGGCAGCACAAUGAAAGGUGGCACAAUGGGUCAGUGCUUCUGGCUGUUAACCAGACGUUUGGUGGUUCAAGCCCACCCAAGGAUGGCUGUGAGCAGGAUUCCUGCACUUGAAGGGUGUUGGACUAGAUGACCCUGGUGUUCCCUUCCAGCUGUAUAAUUCUGUUAUAUUUUUAUAUGUGCUGGAAGCCGCUCAGAGUGGCUGGGGCAACCUAGCCAGAUGGAUGAGGUAUAAAUAAUAAAAUUACUGUCAUUUAAUUCUAAGAUCUGGGAAAGUCACAGGGUCAUGGUCACUGCAUAUUUUUGACUGGACGCCAAAGCCAGCCUAAUGUUGUGGAUCUCUGUCCUGCUCUUCUUUGGAAAGCUCAGAGAGGUUUACUUGUAUCUGCCAAGAUACACUGUUCAUCCAGACGUUUAUUAGGUCCGCUCAGACUUAAUUUAAAUGAUGCUUCAGUACUGAAUACUCCCAGGCGAUUCACAUUGCCCUUAAAAAACACCACAAUUGGCCUUUCUUGAAUAGUAUUUGAGCCUUCAAAGAAACAGAUCAUUGAACCAUUUUACAAGUCCAGUUUCUGUCCUUAACUCAAGGGUCCUUUUGAACUCUUUGUCCAUCAUUAUACAAUGUGUCAUCUGCCUAGAGUUGUACAAUUUUAUUUGCUAGGGGCAGGGAAAUUGUGAAAAUCACCUCAUCUACCCAGCUUAAUUUAAUUGUUCUUAGUAGGAAGUAGACCCCGUUAAUUUCAGUGCGAUUUGCUUAGGGCUGCAGCAUUCGUGUAUAAAAAAAUCCUUUUGGAAACUCAGAUUUUUAAAUUUUUGUUUGAGAAGUAAUGCCUUUGAGAGCUGAGCUACUUUCCAGUUGGUACUGAUUUCCUCCCUUCCACCUUUAGGGUGAGUCAUGACUUCAUGUUCUGAACUUGUGGAUUCCAAGGCUGAGCUUACUGCUUUGCUGGAGCAGUGGGAAAAAGAGCAUGGCAGUGGGCAAGAUAUUGUUCCUAUCCUUACUCGGUAAGUACAGUUGUUCAGAAGUGCAGUUACACAAGCAAUGCUAUAUUCAGUCCUGCUUGCAACCUGCCUACCCAGUGAGGCUUUUCUGAAACAAGGAGGGGCAGAGUGUCAUGAAAAAAUUCUGGCAGAAAAACAAGGACUUCAAGAGUCCUUAGUUGCAAGUGUCUAGCAAUCAUCUAUAAUUUUUUGAUGAUACUUCCCAACAUAGAAACCCAACAAAUAUUAGAGAGCAGAUGUUAACAUAAAUGCUUUCUUUACUGUCUUCUGGGUUCCUGUGUUGGUGGCUGCCUUGCGAGGGCAGACAUCACCCAUUUAUUACAAGGCAGCAUAGACCUUGUUUCAGCAGGGUGUAGCACUUCAGAGUCUCAUUUAUUUCCUUUGCUGAAUUACUGCCGUGUGUCUCAGUCAUCUGCAGUACAAUUGGAACGUGGGUGGGUGAGUGGUUUUUGAAGUUCUUUAGCAGCGUUUAUUCUGAGGGGGAUUUCAAGUGGCUCAUGUUUCUUCACCCCCUUUCUAGAAUGUCGGAAUUGAUUGAGAAGGAGACAGAAGAGUACCGCAAGCGAGAUCCGGAUCCAUUUGAUGAUAGGCACCCUGGUAAGAUGCAUUGAGAGCAUACAAAUCCACUGUGAUCCAUUCUUGAUCGUGUUGUAAACGAGAGAGAGGGUGGGAAGGCCAAGACCGCAGAGAUGUAGCUCCACAAAGUUUAUCUGCUAGGACGGCACUCAGAUUUCUCCCCAAUGCUUGACACAUUUCAACAAUUCCUUUCAGAAUUUGCCCUUCCAUCUACUUUAGAAAUAAUGCAUAUAAAGGGGGGGAAAUGUGGGCAUACCUCACACAGUGAAAACCCAUAGUCACGUUUUUGUGCUGACACUUGCUGAGCUUCUGAAUCCUUUUUAGCGGCUCAGUCUGUAAGUAGUGUAGCAAAGUGGUGGGGAACCUUUGCAUGCACCCACAGCUCAUCAAACACUGCUGGUGGUCAAGGAUGAUGGGAGUUAUAGUUCAACAGCAUCUGGAUGGUUGCAUGUUCCUCACUUUCGGUUUAGUGUUUCUUAGGCCAGUGAUAUAUAUUUAAACAAAUUAGGAAUAAAUUGAAAGCGGACUUAAAUUUAUUGUGAGAGGCCUGGAAUGAAAAAUGAGAGAAUCAGCUGUCGCAGAGCAAAUAGAAGGCAGUUUUCCAGCUCAUUUAAACCUUCCUACUUAUAUCUUGUUAAGGUUGAUCAGACAAAAUUUACAGAUGUGCACAUACCAGAUACCAUGAAGAUAAUUUGAAAGAAAUGUGAGGGAUUCUACUUUAUACUGGAAUGGCACACAGGUCAAGGCAAUGAUACACCAUAUGAGGUGGGACUGCCUAGCCUUAUCUUGCUUUUGGAUCAGUGUUACCAAGCGGAUUAAGUUAGUGUUGCAAUCUUCUCUUCCUUUUUCUGUGUAUGCUGUACUUUUUGUCCUUGGGGUUUAUCGGGUGGUCAGCAAGUUGGAUUAGGAGGUGAGAUUUAAUAUGUUGAGAUUUUUUUUUUAUUAGGUCUAGGCAUUUCAGUUCUUCAAUAUUUUAAUAGAAAGAAUGACAGUUAGUGCAGUAGUAAUGUAUUACUGUUUCCAGUUCAGUUUUCUAAAUACUCCUAACGUGUCAUUUGCCUUGACUAUCUUUUUUUGCUUGAUUGUUUAUAAUUCUGUGAACUAUGUGCUUUGCAUUAAACAUAAGGUUUGUUUUCUACAUAUAAAACAUUUUAAAAUUUUUUACUCAGAAUGCAUUUAGAGAAAAGAUACAUGUGAAGCAUCCUUUCACUUCUAGCUAGAAAAUUUAGCCAUUCCUUUUAAUUUGCUUGCUACAUACUUUGCUAUUUAUUAUUGCUAAUCAAGUUUGGAAGACAAGCUGAUAUUCUUGUCCAUCUCUUUCUAGGUCGGGCAGAUCCAAAAUGUAUGCUUGGCCACUUGCUGAGGAUACUCUUCAAGAACGACGAUUUCAUGAAUGCAGUGGGUUUGCCCUUUACAUUUUUCCAUAGAUUUGCACAUCAGGACUGCUAGGAACUUUUCAUUAUUCUUUUACUCAGUCAUCUUUUUGCCUUGAGUUAGGGGUACCAGAGUGAUCAUUUUCUUUUAGCUUUGCUGUGUGCUUAAUUAGGAAUGUACCUUCCAAGAAUUGAUAUAAAAUCUUUCUAAGCCUGACUUGUACAAGAGUAUAAAGGAGAGCCUUCUGUUUGUUAACUUAAUAUGCAUACCUGCAGCAGCUUCUUAAAAACAAAACAAAAACAAAACGGUCUUUGCGCCUUGUCUGGCUCUUCCAGGAAAGUUGGAAUUCCUGCAGACUGUGUGGUCUGAGAGGAUUUGUAGACAAUGGCAAAUACAUUUAAAAUUUAUUUUUUUAAAAGCUGGUCCUGCUAGCUAGGGAUGAUGGGAGUAGUAGUCCAAAACCAGCUAGAGACCCAAGUUUGGGAAACCCUGUUCUAGUGUAAUAUGGGAGGUGGUGCUGGGGGCUUCAGAGAAAAGGAGGAAUUGAUGAAAAAGGCCUCCAUCAAUGGGAGCCAACAAUGGAUCGUUGUUGCUUCCAUUCACAGAAGGGUAAUUCAGGCUCUAAGCCAUAAUAAAUUGGCUUCAUUCAGAAUAAGGGAGGAAAUCUUUAAUAUUUCUUGCAGUCCAAUACUGCAUGCUUAUGCAACUUCUUUUUCUUAUCUGGACCAUUUUUUAAUAGACAGUACUAUUUAAUUCUCUUUAUCUCUUUUUAGCUGGUGAAUGCUUAUGUGAUGACAAGCAGAGAACCACCUUUGAAUACCGCUGCCUGUCGACUCCUUUUGGACAUCAUGCCUGGGCUGGAAACUGCUGUCGUCUUUCAGGAAAAGGUCUCAGAUAUAAGAUGAUGCUCACAUAACCUUCCUGUUGACCAUUUUAGUAGUCUCCACUCUCUCUGCUAUUUCUAGAGACUUAGGUAGACAGCAACUAUGUUUCAAAGGAGUGAGAAAUAAAAAAUCUGUUUUAGGGCGCCUUGGAGUCAUUAUGCCAGCUGUGUAAAUUAGUUCACAAAACACAGCGUAUAAAUUUCACGAAAGUUACCAGCCUAAAAAAGUUUUUAAUAGCCUUCUUGUCGAUACUGAUGUGAAUUUCAAAUUGUACUUUCAGUCUCUCUCUCUCUCUCUCUCUGUCUCUCUCUCUCAAAAAAACAGGUUUUCCAUAUUCUGUGAGUCUUUUACCAUAAGGAUGCAACUCUGAAAACUUGAUCAUGAGUUGAGGCUUACAGUUGUCUUCUGGGCUGUUUGCAGGUCUCCCAGGAGAAACAGUCUCAAACUUCCAAAUACAUACAAUCCCCAACUGCAAUAUGUAGUGGGUAGCGGGAAGUGGAUGAUACUUGCAUGAAAUUCCCAAGCUUAUGUGACCAGGAUCCAAAGAAGUGAUAUGUGGUUAGAGAAAAAACUUUCUUUGCUGCAUUUGCUGCAGCAGUUUGUGCUUCAUGAAGGAGCAAAUGGCUGUUCAGUUGAAAAAGUGACUUGUCCCUCACCAGUAAGUCAUCCCACAGCAAGAAUAACAAAAGGCUGCUAGUAUAUGCAUAUUAGCACUACUUCAGAUCUUGAUUAUACAUAUGUACACAGUUCCAUUGCUUAGUGGACCUUAGCUUUUGUAAGUGUAUAAUAAUAGUGUAUUCUACUGUACACUCAUAUAAUUACAGUGUGAUCCUUGUGAAUUCAACAGAAGUGCUUCGGGAUUACUGUGGAAAAUAAUCCACAUUAGGUGUUCUAGUUGGAAAAUGCUGGCUUACACUUUGGAAAAUGUAGGAGGACUUCAGAUAUUCCCCAAUUCUUUAUAAAUUUAAUUUUUUCCCCUUUGUAUAUGGCUGUGGAGAGGAGAAUUUAUCUGCUAAUAUCUGUCCUUCUCCCCAUCCCCACUAACUCUAGGAAGGCAUAGUUGAGAAUCUCUUCAAGUGGGCACGAGAGGCUGAUCAACCUCUGAGGACAUUUGCAACUGGAUUGCUGGGAGGGGCCAUGGAGAACCAAGACAUUGCUGCUAACUACAGAGAUGAGAAUUCUCAAUUGGUAAUACUCAUGGCAAAUCCGUCACACCCAUUGUUAAAAGCAAGCACUUGCAAAGCAUAAUUGAAUCCUAAGACUUUUGGGGGGUUCAUUCCUCACAGAUGUGAUUUCAGAAGUUGCAGUGAAUGAUGGAAAACUGGAGGGGAAUUUGCAUGGUUCUGCUUUAUAGGAAAUUGCCAUACUGUACUUGUCCUUUGCAAAUGGAGGAAAUAGAUUCAUAUCGGAGUAUUGAUUCUUAAUGUUUCUGCUCUUGGUAGCAUAUCUCAUGCUUAUCUGCCCUGUAGCUGGAAAUGUGCUUGGUGUGGUGUGUUCAUUUCAAAACCUGGAGCAAAUGGAGUAUUGUAAAAGUUUGGUUAAGUUUGUAUACUGUCUGUCCACCAAAUGUUGCCUAAGGCACUUUGCAGCAAUAGCACAAAAAUCAAACACCUAUACAAAAUAAUUAAAAAAAAACAUAAAAACCAGAGCAGAGGCAACACUUCAGUACAAUCUGUAGAACAGCGAGCUAAAAGGGAUGUCACGAACAGACAGGAACAAAUGGGGAGUUGCCUUUAGAAUAUAUGUUUUAUUGUUGUAAGUCUCUUUGAGACCUACACAGUGAAAAGCGGGAUAUAAUUUUUAAAACUAACAAAACAAAUUGAAAUACUGAUUUCACAUGUUAGCUGUGCAGAUCAUCGGUCAUAGAUGUAUUUGCCUGUAAUCACCAAAGAUCACCAGGCCUUUCUUCCCAUGUCCAUUUCCCCCUGCACUUCUACAGUAGGCAGAAAAUGAAAAUGAACUGUCUUUGCAUGGAAAUCUGGGCACCACAGUUCAAGAAGGACAUUGACAAACUGGAACGUGUCCAGAGGAGGGCAACCAAAAUGGUCAAAGGCCUGGAAACAAUGCCUUAUGAGGAACGGCUAAGAGAGCUGGGCAUGUUUAGCCUGGAGAAGAGGAGGUUAAGGGGUGAUAUGAUAGCCAUGUUCAAAUAUAUAAAAGGAUGUCACAUAGAGGAGGGAGAAAGGUUGUUUUCUGCUGCUCCAGAGAAGCGGACACGGAGCAAUGGAUCCAAACUACAAGAAAGAAGAUUCCACCUAAACAUUAGGAAGAACUUCCUGACAGUAAGAGCUGUUCGACAGUGGAAUUUGCUGCCAAGGAGUGUGGUGGAGUCUCCUUCUUUGGAGGUCUUUAAGCAGAGGCUUGACAACCAUAUGUCAGGAGUGCUCUGAUGGUGUUUCCUGCUUGGCAGGGGGUUGGACUCGAUGGCCCUUGUGGUCUCUUCCAACUCUAUGAUUCUAUGAUUCUAUGAUUCUAUGAAAUUGCUUUAAACACAGAAACUAUUUUUUAAAAAACCAAAACCCUCCGUGCCUUUGGUCCUGUGUUUUUCUUUUGGGGUUUUUUUUUGUGGGAGAAGGGCACAUGGGCUGCUUCUCAGUCAGAAGCCAGGGUAAAAACGCCUUGUAUUUCUCCUUCCCUGGUCUCCUGUGGGCUACUUGACUUGAAUUUGCUUAUGUGAAAGUGCUGCAUCCUUUUCUUUUUGCAACAGGUGGCGUUUGUGCUUCAGCGCUUGAGAGAGCUGCAAGUGAAUGAAGUGAACACGAAACACGAAAACAAGCGGCCCAGUCCUCGAAAAGUACCCUCAGACUCUCUGCUGCCUCUGGAUGAAGAAGCUGUGGACAUGGAUUAUGGGGAGAUGGCUGUGGAUGGCGAACAGGAGGAAGUUACAGGGGAUAUGGAAAUCUCAUUUAACCUUGACUCAAAUCACAAGACUAGUAGUCGGGUGAACUCUGCCACAAAAAAAUCAGGGAAGCAACAUGAAAGAGAGAAUUUCCGGAAAGCAAAACAAAAACUUGGCUUCUCUUCAGAGCCAGAAAGGAUGUUUGUUGAACUGUCUAACAGCAGCUGGUCAGAGAUGUCUCCUUGGGUGAUUGGCACAAACUAUACGUUAUACCCUUUGACCUCCGCUAUAGAGCAAAGGUUAAUUCUGCAGUAUUUGACUCCCCUAGGGGAGUAUCAAGAGGUAGGUAUACAAAAGGCAAGGAAACAAGCAAUGUCUGGAUGGGCUCCUUUUAUGACCCAAUUACAGUGGUGCCCCGCAAGACGAAUGCCUCGCAAGACGGAAAACCCGCUAGACGAAAGGGUUUUCCGUUUUUGAGUUGCUUCGCAGGACGAAUUUCCCUAUGGGCUUGCUUUGCAAGACGAAAAUGUCUUGCGAGUCUUGAGAUUUUUUUUUCGCUUUUCCCCCCUUUAUCUAAGCCGCUAAGCCUUUAAUAGCCUUUUAGCAGCUAAUCCGCUAAGCCGAUAAGCCUUUAAUAGCCGCUAAACCGCUAAUAGCGCUAAUCCGUUAAGCCGCUAAUAGGGUUGCUUCGCAAGACGAAAAAACCGCUAGACGAAGACACUCGCGGAAUGGAUUAAUUUCGUCUUGCGAGGCACCACUGUAAAUUGUGUUAAUGGGGAGGGGGUUUGGAAUGAUGAUGAUGAUGAUUAAAAUUUGUAUACCGUCCUUCAGCUGAAGAUCACAGGGCAGUUCAGAAUUCAAAAAUUCAAAAUGAGAAUACCAAAAACCAAAAACAGACCAAUCACCCCCUCCCACAAAUACAUUUAAAAGGCCAUAGAAUGUUUAAUCAGUCAAAGGCCUGGUUAUAGAGAAAUGAUUUCACCUGGCACCUAAAGAUAUGUAAUGAAGGUAGCAGCCGAACCUUCCUGGGGAGAAAAUGCCGUAGAUGGGAAGCCGCCACAGAAAAGGUUGCCACCAUCCAGACCUUGUGAGGGAGGAAAAUGAAGAAGGGCCUCAGAUGACGGGCUUGAAGAUGUGUCCAGAGCAGGGGUCAGCAAACCUUUUCAGCCGUGGGCUGGUCCACCGUCCCUCAGACCAUGUGAUGGGCUGGACUAUAUUUUGAAAAAAAAAUAAUGAACAAAUUCCUAUGCCCCACAAAUAACCCAGAGAUGCAUUUUAAAUAAAAGCACACAUUCUACUCAUGUAAAAACACGCUGAUUCCCAGACCAUCUGUGGGCCGGAUUGAGAAGGUGAUUGGGCCGCAUCCAGCCCACAGGCCUUAGGUUGCCUACCCCCGGUCCAGAGCAUCACAAAAAGAGCAUGUAAAUGAGAUCUUGGAAUUGUUUUCUCAGGAUUUUUUUGGUGACUCUUUGAGUUGAGAGAAGGAGAUGUUCCUCUGUAGACAGUGGUGGGAAACCUCUGGCCCCAGGGACUGAAUGUGAUCCUCCAGGCUUCUCUGUCUGGUCCUUGAGACUUUUCCAGGCCAUGCUUCUCCCGCAGGCAACACCCUUUGAUAGGCCUGCUCUGUAUUGUCCUUAAGUGCUGUUGCCUGGGUGGAAUGUGUCCUUGAACUCUGCUGGAUAGGGAGAAUGUGUGUGUGUAGAACAGGUUGGCAACCUUAUCCGAGGAUGGGCCGGUUGACGUUCCGUCCGUCAGAGGAUGGGUAGGAGCAUGUGCGCACUUCCGGGUCUGAGGAGCACCUGUGCGCGUGCGCACACACUAUUUCCGGCGCUCCUCCGACCCGGAAGUACACUGGAAAUAGUGUGUGUGCAUGCACAGGGGCGCUUCUCUGUCCUCCACGUGUGUGCACAUGCUAUUUCUGGCGCACAUCCGGGUUGGAGGAGUGCCCGUGCGCAUGUGCACAGGUGCCAUCAACCCAGAGGUCAGUCGCUGCGCCGGUAAGAGCAGGUGGGGGGGGUGGCAGAGAUCGCCAUGGGCCAGUUAGACAAACCUCAUGGACCGCUACCGGCCCAUGGGGCUUAGGUUGCCGACCCCUGGUGUAGAAGCAUCUUCCUUUGGCAUGGCUGGAGUGUAGCCCCCUGUCCAAAGGUCAGAGCUGCAUUCAUUGCUCUACCCAGGGGUAUAUGGUCCCUGGAAGGUAGUCCUUGAGGGAAUGGGGCUCUUAGACUGAAAAAGGUUCCCCACCCCUGCAAUUUAAUAAUUCGAACAUAUGAAUGAGAGUUAACUAUUUAAAAGAAGUGCUGAAAAGAUGCAUUUAUUAGAUUUCUUUACUGCCUUUCCUUCAGUGGUGCAAUGCACAUUUUGACAGGAGGCUCUUCUUGUCUCCCUUUCUUGGACAACCACCUUCAUCUAAAAUUGUUGAGAAGGAACUUGUUAGCUAAGCCGUAAGAAAUACAAGGUAGUGUUGGUCACUUGACAGAGAUGGAGCUUGAUUGUUGUCAUUAUUCGCUUGCCUUUAAACUUAAGGGGAAGGGAAAUGAUACUGUCGAAAGUGCUCCCCACACAAUUUUUUCAACAGUGAACUAAUCUUUUACUUUUCUCAGCUGCUUCCCAUCUUUAUGCAACUUGGAUCAAGAGACCUAAUGAUGUUCUAUAUUGAUUUGAAACGGACCAAUGAUGUACUGCUCACCUUUGAAGCCCUGAAGGUAAAAUGAUAGCAGAGCAAAUUGCUUGUUAACAAGUGGUGAUUCUGUGCCAAUUAUUUUUUUCCGUGUCAGUUAUUGAAAUAAAUAAUUCUGGACAUGAUAUCUAGUUAAGUAGUGCCAAAGUUGCAUUCUGAGUUCUUGUGUUUUUGCUCUUAAGUUUGAUUGAGGCAGCCUUCAUCUGCUCUUUUCUUAACGGGGUCAAUGAUUAUCUGUUAAUUAUUAAGUAUAUUUCCUCUGACUGCUUUGGUCUAUUUAUUUUAUUUAUUUAAAACACGUCUAUACUGCCUUUUAUUCAAAAUUUCAAGUCAGUUCACAACAAUGUGAAUAUUCAUUAAAAUCACUGUGUUUAAGGCUACAUUUAGAUAGAUUUUUUUAAAAAAAUAAAAAACCUAGAAUUCAGAUUUAGCUUUGAUUCUAAUCCUGAUGCUGCUGUGCUUACUUGAAUGCAUUUCUUAACUUCUCAGCGCUUCAUACCCUCAGCCUUUCACAUUCUGUCAUCAAAGUGUUUCUUCAAGGCAAAAUAAAAUGCAGUGUUAAUAUUCUCCCUUUGGUCUUGGAAGAGAGCCAGUCCAGAGUCUUUUUGUGGGCCAAGAAAGGCUUCAAAUUUGAGUGAUGCAGUCCCAGAUAAAUUUGCUAUCCAGCUGCUUUGAAUCAGUCAGCUGAUUCCUUGGUGCUGCACCCAGAUCUUCAUAUUAUGUUGUUGUCUCCUGCUGCUUGUGUUGUUCCACUAAAUUUAAUGGGACAUAAAAUGGUUUUCUCCCAAGUUCUGCUACUGCUGCUGCCUUGAGAUGAGACUACAGAACACUGGUGCUAUUUUACACUUUAAAUCCUUUGCAAGAGAGAAGAGACAUUUUCCUUGCUCAGAAUUGCCUUGUGUUUUACUUUUGAAAUGCAUAGACAUGCAAAACAAACUUUUGUCUUCUUAAAUUGUAGGAAAAUAUCUGAUGGCUGCUUUACAGAGUUGAUAAAGCUAUUUAUAGGCGAUUGAGUUAGAAGGUGGUGGUGUUAUACCAAGGCCAUCUUUUUGCUCUCAGGCAGGUGCAGUCCAAGAAGGCAAUAUCCUCUUUCCUUUACCACUCUGUGCAAAUUGCAGAGAAGAGCAUUUCACUGGUAUCAGAGAACUCCAAGGGUUUGUUAGUGGAUUUCUAUAUUGACUUUGGGUUUCUGUUCGCAGUAUUUGGCAUCGCUGCUGCUCCACAACAAGUUUGCAACAGAGUUUGUUGCUCAUGGAGGAGUGCAAAAGCUGCUGGAGAUUCCUCGUCCUUCCAUGGCAGCUACAGGUGUCUCCAUGUGCUUAUAUUAUUUGUCUUACAAUCAGGAUGCCAUGGAAAGGGUAAGAUUCCAUUCUGCUAACAGAAAUUGUAGGUAUUUAAAAUACAGUGGGGCUGCAUUGGGAGGAGGAAACAGUAAAAAUUGAGUUCCCUCCCUUUUGCAAGCAAAUUUGCUUUUGCCAGCACAAAACAACUGUUGAAUACUACCUAGCAGGUUCCUCUUUGGGUGGAUUCACACAACCACACUUUUUACAUGCCGACUGGAAUUAUUUCUUGAUCUUCUGACACCUCCAUCAAACGUUGGCUUUUCCUCAUAUGCUGUUUUCAACAUGCUCAUGUGGCUGCUGUUUAAUGGGAUACUGGUUUGUCAGUCAUCAGUUGACUGCAAGAAUCUACCUCAAUUCAGCAAGAGUGCAGAAAGCGAGAUCAGAUCAACAGGCUCUGAUGCCAGCCCUGUUAACUUCAGUGUUCGGGAGUCAACUUCAUAGGUUUCUUGUUCUGAAGCUAAAGUGGAGGCAAGCCCCACGCUCACUGAGCUCAGAGUAAACCUAUUGAAAUCAAUGGGUCAAUGGGUCAAAUCAGUGGAUCCUUUGGGUGUCACCCACACAGCGUAACCCAUAAAUAUAAUAUUACAGUACCUUGGUUCUUGAACACCUUGGUACUCCUAUGUUUUGGCUCCUGAACACCAAAAACCUGGAAGUAAGUGUUCCAGUUUUCGAGCGUUUUCAGAAGCCAAACAUCCUGUGUGGCUUCCGCUUGAGUGCAGGAAGCUCCUGCAGCCAAACGGAAGCCGUGCCUCGGUUUUCUAACAUUUCGGAAGUCGAAAUUAUGUUUGAAAACCGAGGUACGACUGUACCAAACUUUUUUGAGCUUGGUACAUCUAGCACUUUGAAAGGAAUUUGAGAGUGAUUGCAAAGACCUUUGCUAUCCUUCCCAAUUGGCAACAUAAACGUGUUGCAUGUGCUUCUGCAUUUUGUCACAACCAUUUCCCCUACGUUCUUAGCUUUUAAGCAUACUUCACACACGUUCUUAUUAAACGCCUGGAUUGAUUUUGUUAAUUAGCUGCUUUAUGUUUUAACUCUGAUCUAUUAAUUAUUAGUUGCUUAUCCCAACCACCAUCUUAAGCAAGAAUGCAAAAAGUUUUUUAAGUGUGGCUGCAGCUGAGACUGCAAGUGUGACUGAAUUGUUAGAUAGUCUGUUGCUUACUGUGGGGGGCAUUGCUGAGGGUUAAAACAGAAUUACAUGUGGUUUCAUGAACGUCAUUGAGGAUUGCCCUUGCAUCUUCUUGUUCUUAGGUCUGCAUGCAUCCCCACGUGUUAUCAGAUGUUGUGAACUACACCUUGUGGUUGAUGGAAUGCUCUCAUGCCUCGGGCUGCUGCCAUGCUACCAUGUUCUUCUCUAUCUGUUUUUCAUUCCGUGCGGUCUUGGAGCUCUUCGAUAGGCAUGAUGGCUUACGGCGCCUUGUUAACUUGGUAAGUGUUACAGCAGUUUCAUAUUUUCAGGUGUUUUCUCAGAACAUCUUAAAGUGGGGUUGGGGUGCCACUGCCAAGUCUUCUGCGCCUCAGCUGGUCCUGCAAGGCCAGAGGUGGGGAACUGGAUGCGGACGGUGGGCCAGAAGUCUUACCUCCCUGUGAGUCAUCUCUGAUAGGUUGGAAGGGCUGUCAAUCACCUGACAUCAGUAGGAGCAGGUGACAACUUCAGAGGGAUUCCCUCUCAGUGCCCAUCAGAUGACUUCAUCCCAGUGAACCUCCAUUUGCAGCCAAUCCCAGCCAUGUUUUUACGUGCCCCAUACCUGACGUCACAUACGAUGUCAAAUGUUGGGCAGAUGGAUGUGGUUUGAGCAAAAUAGUCUCAUUUAGGAACCUUGCUGGACCUAAAUAGGCCUGCGGGUUGGCAGUUCCUCACUGCUAGUAUAUAAGGUAUUCCCUUUCUUUCAUCGUUUAUAGAAUAUUCUGCUUCUCUGCAAUAGAUUGAAUGGAGGAGAUGGCAGGGAGACUGCACAAGGCCAGCUUCAUAACCUGUUUAGAAAUCUGCUUAAGAACCCUUGUUGUAAACCAGAAUUCCUCUUUUCUACAAAGCCUUAAAGCACGGCUAUUUGAAAGUGAAAUAAAACUUCUCUUCCUGGCCAUGUGGGCAGAAGAGAGGGUGGGUGCUGAGUCUUAGGCUUUGGUCACACUUGUGAACUCUCACUCCCUAGCGUUAAACCAUGUUUUAGCAUUAUGUGUGAACAUGGCCGCAGUGUGACUGUUACCAGCACCAGCAUGCUUUGGGACAUCUAUCUUUCCCCUUUCUAACCAUGCUUCUCUUCACUGGCUAUAACUUAUCCUCCUAAUCUUGUCAUUGGAUGAGCAUGCGAUACUUUGUAUUGUACAUUGGUUUAACUUUUUCUGAUUAUUAAUUGUUUUUAUAUGUUUGGAUUUUAUUUUGUUAAGUCACUUUCAUACCUUUUUGGUAUAAAGUGACUAACAAAUGUAAAUAGUAAUUAAAAACAACUUAAUAUAUGUAACAUUUCCGAGAUCCUCAGGCAGUUAAUUAAUAAUAAUAAUAAUAAUAAUAAUAAUAAUUUUUUUUAAUUAUAUCCCGCCCUCCCCAGCCGAAGCCGGGCUCAGGGCGGCUAACAACAAUAAAACAGUACAAAAGUACAGCACAAACAACACUCUAAAAUCAUUCAUUAUAAAAUUAAUAGUAGUGGUAAAGGUAAGAGUGAUCUUUGCUGCUGUCUUAGGAGUCCUAUUUAGAGAGAACUAUGGUCUGUGGUGAUAAGAGGAACAGAUUAUUGACGUAGUUUCUUCUUUAGCAAUUAAAGUAGAGAGUUUGGUUUACUGCACUGCAUAUAAAGGACAAAGCCAGUAAAAAUGGAAUAACACUCCUUCUCUUGUGCUUCUCCAUUUUCCUGAUUCAAUCUUUCUGGGUAUGUUACAUAAUAUUUUUUUUUAAGCGAACAGUGAUUCUUUAAUUGCAAAUGAACAAACUGGCUCAUUUUAUGAGAGUUGCUUUGUCAGGUUGCCUAUAUGUAUUGAAAGCUCUGGCAGUUAAUGCAGCUUCUUGGCACAGGUUUUCUUUGGCUGAUCUAAUUCUUUUAUUUGAGUGAAAAAAUAAGACGAUAAGCCUUUAGGUGUGGGAAAUAACAUAAUGGCAAAUAUGUUUCUUUUUCCUUGUAGAUUAGCACUCUUGAUAUCUUAAACCUGCAAACCCAAGGUGCACUACUAAGCGACGAUGAGAUUUUUGCCAGCCGCCAGACUGGGAAACACACUUGCAUGGCCAUGCGCAGGUAUUUUGAGGCUCAUCUUGCCAUCAAAGUGGAACAGGUGAAGCAGUCACUCCAGCGCACUGAAGGUGGCAUCCUGGUCCAUCCGCAGCCUCCAUAUAAGGUGAGUAGUGUGUUUUGUAGAGGUAUAGGAACUUUUUGAUCCUGUCACCCUUUAGAUAUUCUUGCAAAAAAAUGUCAAAAAGUCAUGUUAGUCAAAUCUGAUAAACUGACUGCACUCCUUUCUGCUGCACAAGUGCUUUGGUAGCUUUGUGGAAUGAUUUCUGACAGGUUCUUUGUGGAGCUGAUUUUAAAUGGAUAUAGGGAGCACAUUAUGCUAGUUCUUGCUCAGUCACACUACCCUUAAUUUUUUUUGAGGGCCCCUCCCCAUUCCUCUUGUGGAAAUCGCUUUCAUGGGUGGUUCCUUUGUUCCCCCUCCCCCUUUAUGAUUUUCUGCCAUCUGUUGUUUAGGCAAGCUUUCCAGCAGCAUCCAUAGUUUUUAGUCCUGGAUUUUAAUGUGCUGUGCUGUAUUUUAGUACAUUUUUAGAUCAUUUGGCUUUAGUGUUUGUGAUCAGAAUUCUUUGUGCAUUUAUUUAUUUAGCAGAAUGGUAAAUCUCAAAUAUUUUAAACUGAUAGAUACUAAGCCUGAAGCCCUGUCUUCAGGAUUGCUUUCUCCUGCAUGAGCAUUGAGAUCAGGAGAUGAAGCUUUGUUCUGUGUCCCAACUGUGUGAUCCUUAAGGUGUGAGCGGGGCAGGACUUUACUUGCAGUGCCACUACAAUUCUGGAUCUCCCUUUUCCGAAGGCCACUAUUGGGUUUAAGGAGCAUACUUUUUCUUAAGUCUCAUAAGUAAUUGAUGAUGCUAAAAGACUUCUUGAAUGCUACCUUCUCCUUUCAGGCUUGUUCCUACACGCACGAACAAAUUGUAGAGAUGAUGGAGUUCCUAAUAGAAUAUGGGCCGGGACAGCUCUAUUGGGAUCCAGCAGAGGUCUUCCUCAAGCUGUCUUGUGUGCAGCUCAUGCUCCAACUUAUUUCAAUAGCAUGCAACUGGAAGACCUACUAUGCUAGGUGAGAGAAUUGAACAUGGUAACUCACUGCUUGCUUCCAUAGUCAUUUGCCCCAGGCGAGUGUCUGCCCACAUUCACGCUCUUCUAGCCUGGAAUGACUGCUGGUGUAAUGGAUUUGUGUUAUUUUGUGUAGCUGAUCUUUGCCUUAAAAGGGUUCCACAACCGCUUGCUUUCGUUUUCUAGGAAUGACACAGUGCGUUACGCUCUGGAUGUUCUGGCCAUCCUUACUGUGGUUCCUAAAAUCCAGUUGCAGUUAGCAGAGGCGGUAGAUACGGUGGAUGAGGGAGGAACUUCUAUUUCCAUUGUGGGUAUGUAGAACUUGACCUUUUCAGUUGCUUUCCAUCCUUAACUUUAUAAAUCUCUUCAUUAGUUGCUGAAAUUUUCAGUAAGCUUUACGCUGCCUCCUAUACUAGGCAGGAGGCACUAGAUGCCUUUGAAUGCCAUUUGCUGGGAAUCAUGGAUGAAGAGGGUGCUGUUGCUCAGGUCCUGCUUUGGGGCUACUUGUGGACAUCUGGUUGACCGCUCUGAGACCAGAGUGCUGGAGCAGGUAGGCCAUAGGCCUCAUCCAGCAGGGCUGUUCGUAGGUUCUUAUAUACUGAUGUGCCCUAUUUGGACAGACGACUGAUCCAGUGUGCAAAUGCUUCCUUUUUUGUUAGGUAUCAGCAUCAUCCUGGGGCUUGCUGAAGGAGAAUUCUUUAUCCACGAUGCAGAAAUCCAGAAGUCAGCCCUUCAGAUUAUUAUUAACUGUGUGUGUGGCCCAGAUAACCGCAUCUCCAGCAUUGGCAAAUUCAUCUCUGGCACCCCACGCCGGAUGCUCCCCCAGGCACCCAGGAGCGGCGAGCACACCCUGGCCAAGAUGUGGAACGUAGUGCAGUCCAACAACGGCAUCAAGGUGCUGCUGUCUCUGCUGUCUGUGAAAAUGCCCAUUACAGAUGCCGACCAGAUCCGAGCGUUGGCCUGCAAAGCCUUGGUGGGGUUGUCCCGGAGCAGUACGGUCCGGCAGAUCAUCAGCAAGUUGCCUCUCUUCAGCAGCUGCCAGAUCCAGCAGCUGAUGAAGGAGCCUGUGCUCCAGGAUAAGCGCAGCGAGCACGUGAAGUUUUGCAAGUAUGCUGCUGAGCUGAUUGAGCGGGUCUCUGGGAAACCCUUGCUGAUUGGGACAGACGUCUCCUUGGCUCGACUUCAGAAAGCAGACGUCGUGGCUCAGUCGAGGAUUUCGUUUCCCGAGAAGGAGCUGCUGCUUUUGAUCAGGAACCAUCUCAUCUCUAAAGGGCUGGGAGAAACUGCUACCAUUCUUACCAAGGAGGCGGAUCUACCCAUGACGGCUGCUUCUCAUUCCUCCGCCUUCACCCCUGUUCCUGCUGCCGCCUCUCCUGUGCCUCUGCCUCGUACCCCUCGUAUAGCGAAUGGCAUUUCUGCCCGGUUGACUAACCACCCUUCUGUAGUUCCCGCUGCUUCCUCUGUCCAUGCCCAGCCAAGGCAGACUGCCUGCCAGGGCUCGCUUGCUCUCCCGGGGCCAUCUCAGGCCACCAGCUCUCCAGUGAUUGGCAGGAUUAGCUUUGUUCGAGAGAGGCCGUCUCCCUGCAACGGCAGGAAAAUCAGAGUGCUUCGGCAAAAAUCAGACCAUGGCGCCUACAGCCAGAGCCCAGCUAUCAAAAAGCAGCUGGACAGGCACCUCCCUUCCCCUCCCACACUGGACAGUAUAAUCACAGAGUACCUUAGGGAACAGCAUGCUCGCUGCAAGAACCCUGUGGCCACUUGCCCUCCUUUCUCUCUUUUUACACCCCACCAGUGUCCUGAGCCAAAACAGAGGCGCCAAGCGCCAACUAACUUUACCUCGCGGCUGUCACGCAGGGCGGCCUUUCCAAAGUACGGCGGGGUGGAUGGUGGAUGCUUUGAUAGGCACCUUAUAUUCAGCAGGUAAGCAAGAUGCUUUUUCUCAAUUCCUUUGAAUCUUUGGAUCCAGCUUUCCAAAAGGUAGACUUGAGUACCCAUAUUUUGGACGAAACCUGUGGCUUUUUAUCCCAUUCCUUGUUUUUCCACCUCCUGACAGUUUUCUCCAGCAUCUUUCACGUUUGGAGCAUUCAUAGAUAUUUGCAUUCCCUUUAGAUGGCAGUCAUGACUUCCAACCUAGCAAUUUAUCGCAUACAGUUUUGGUCAUUUGCCAAUCCUCCUCUCACGUUUUUAACAGCUCGCUUUUUUACUCAGUUGCACUUUGAUUUCCCAGGUUCCGUCCAAUUUCUGUGUUCCGGGAAGCAAAUGAAGAUGAGAGUGGCUUCACGUGUUGUGCAUUUUCUGCGCGGGAGCGAUUCCUGAUGCUGGGCACUUGCACGGGGCACCUGAAACUCUACAAUGUCUUCAGUGGGCAGGAGGAGGCCAGCUAUAAGUGCCACAACUCUGCCAUCACACACCUUGAGCCUUCUAGGGUAAGGAACAGUAGCAUAGCACCGUGGGCCUCUUCAUCGCAACAACCUUGUGGUUCUAGGCUUCAUGAAUGAUACAGGGGUUAGUCAAAUCUCCCUUCAGAAUCAGGAUGCAGAGCUAAGCCAGGAAAGAACAUAAACCUCUGCUCUAAUUUGGGCUUGUUUAUAAACAAGACAUGCUUCAUACCCUGUCCCCUAUUCCAUUGUUCCUCUCACUUUGCCAUCUUGUCCCAGCUCCUGCCAACCUAGCAGUUCGAAAGCACACCAGAACGAGUAGAUAAAUGGGUACCGCUGCAAAGAAAGGUAAACGGCAUUUCUGUGGACUCUGGCUUCCAUCACUGUGUUCCGUUGUGCCAGUAGCGGUUUAGUCAUGCUGGCCACAUGACCAGGAAACCUGUCUGUGGACAAACGCCAGCUCUCUCGGCCUGAAAGCAGAGAUGAGCACUGCACCCCAUAGACAAAUUUGAUUGGACUUAACCUUCCAGGGGUCCUUUACCGUUUACCUUACUACAGCGUACCCUUCCAUUGGGUGUAAUGGUGUGAAUAUAUUAGUGUAAGUGGGAAUUUUUAGUGAUUGCUAUCUGUAAUUUGUCAUAGGUUUCCAAAUUUCCAGUAUAUUCUUAUUCAAGCCGCUUGUGAGUAAUAUGGAAUUAUAACAAGGGGAGGGGUAAAAUGUUACCUGUCAGUUUCGGUCUCAUCCAAUAUUUUGUGACAGGGGAAGAGAGAUCAGUCGCUUUGCAUGGACACAACAACAACAACAAUAACAACAACAACAACAGUAUUUAGGAGGGAUAUGAGGCUGAUAUGGGUUUAAUAUGUACAGUAUUUAAACAGGAAAAAUGCUUUUCUAUUAAAUCUGAAAGUAUGAAAGUUUGCGGGAGAGAUUGAUUCUAGAAGACCAGUCCCUGUUUGCAAGGCACUCAUUUUCCAUAUUUCACCAACAGAGGCCACAAAUCAGUUUGUUAAGGGAUACAUUUACCCACUCAGUCGGUAGAGCAUGAGACUCUUAAUCUAAGAGUCCAACUCUACAAUUCUGAUUCUAAGUGACAGUUCUCACAGUUGUAAGCCAAUGGGGUGCCGUCCAGGUUUUAUGGGUGACACCUUCUGUGUCAGCGUUAGCUAGGAUGGCCAAUGGUCAGGAAUGUAGUCAUACCAUUUGGAAAGCACCAUUUUGGCUACCCUUGGUUGAGGUUAAUCUUGUGAAAAGCUCACUUCCCCAUGCUGCUGUGCAUUAUAAGAACAUAAGAACCCUGUUGGAUCAAGCCAAAGACACAUCUAGCUCAGCAUCCUGUUCUCACAAGUUACCAAUCAGACGUCUAGAGGAAGCCUGCAGGGGCAGGGCACAAGUGCCACAGCAACUCUCUCCCACUCAUGAUUCCCAGCAGUUGCUGCUGCUGCUGCUGCUGGUGGUGGUGGUGAUGAUGAUGAUGAUAAUGAAGCUUUGCUCAGAACAGGUCAUUUGGAGUGGCCACGUAUCCCAAACGACUGAUGAGAUGAUCAUUGGGUUUACCUGCAUGACAAAUGUGGUGACGUUGGACUGCCAGUAUUGUUACCUACCCAAAACGUUGUUUGCAUCAUGGCACAAUUAGCAGCUCUGAUGGCUUUCUUACUUCCCAGAACAAAAUGGCAGGACAUUUCUCCCAACAUCCUGCUAAAUAAGAAUACAUCCACACGCAUAAUAAUAAUACACUUUUGCUUCUUUGUUGUCUCCCCUAAACUGCAGGAUGGCUCUUUACUGCUGACAUCUGCAUCUUGGAGCCAGCCUCUUUCUGCAUUGUGGGGAAUGAAGUCUGUCUUUGAAACCAAGUAUGUACACUCUUUAUUGUGUUUUCAUUACCCCGAUAGACCAGACCAUUAAAGGAGCAAUCUGUUAAGUGACUAUAAUCCUAUGGACUCGUUUGAAUGCAUAUUAGGCAGAUGACAGAUAGGUAAAGAUUGCCCUAGUAGUGAAUAUAGCUGGGUUUUAUAGUAUAUUUUAUUAUUAGCUCAAGAACCAGUAUAUUCUGUAUUUUGUGAUGCAAUAAUUCAUUAAAAGGUGCACAAAAUGACUGUUGAGAAACAUUGUUGCUUUGAUCUCUUACUGCGUAUUGAACAUUUGAUUCUCCUGUGCAGGCAUUCCUUCACAGAUGACCACUAUGUGGAAUUCAGCAAGCACUCUCAGGACAGGGUUAUUGGCACAAAGGGGGACAUUGCCCAUGUAAGUAUCACUUUUUAAAUCUCCGAAGCUAAUUUAAUAUUCUCUGUGUAAGCAUAUUGUAGCUAUUUGCAUGCCAGAACCGUUUCUUAUGGGAAGAACUUUGAAACAUUGCAUAGAGUAGGGAUGAGGAACUCGUGGUGCUCCAAAUGUUAUGGGUCCACAGUUCCCAUCAAACCUGAUUGUUUGCCAUGCUGGCUGGGACUGAUGGAAGUUGUAGUCUUAUCAACAUCUAAAGGAUCACAGAUUCAUCAUCCUUGGCGGUAUAGGAUGAGAUUAAUACUGAACAAGUUUAGUGAACUGAAAAAAAAUAAUGAAAUUCAGUAGCCCAACCAUAGCUAUUAUGUAACAGAAGAAAAGUGCUGUGUGAAUGAGUUAGAGAGGGCUAACUAAGCUCUGAUGUUGCUUGAAAGAGAUCUAGCAGUUAGUUCAAAUGUGACAGUGCCAUGGAUGGAUCUGGUGAUGGAUCUUGCUUUAUGGAGGCUGGAUUAGAUGACCUUUGACCUCAUUGGCUCAAUAAUGUCCAAUGGUGAAACCUGGGCCCCUCCUUGGUGUUAUGCCUGCCCUUCCUUUGGGGAUCUAUAAUGCCUAGCCUAGUUGAUUUAUCAUAAAGGACAUUUUCUGGAUUGUUUCCUAAGACACAUUCACCUGGAAGUUAUCCCUGCCCCCCCCCCAAUAUAUAAUUUAAUGUUUCCUCAUCGGUUUAAAAAUAAAUUGUUAGAGAUUUUAAAGAGAAUCUGUACUUUAUUUCAGGAUGAAUGAAAAUGAGCCAGUAAUUUUACUUUUCUAGUAUAACAUAUCAAAUAUUCUCUGUUCUGAGGAGUUAGAAGCAAUCUGAAGGUGGCAGUGUCAAGCAGAGAUAAUCUCGGGGACUGUCUUACUUUAGGAAGACAAAUGUCAUAAAGCAUAAAUCUAUUCAAAUUCUUCACAAUUUUCCUUGCCCUUUUGUUGAUUUCCCUAUAUAUUUGCAUUUAAACAAAGUAUUAUUUCUAUGUUGCUCUGCUGUGUUCUUUAUCUUAGCCUUCAAAAGAAAUCUGAUCUUACCUCAUGAUCCGGUCAUUUGGGAGGCAACAGGCUAAAAAAAUUUAUUCUUAGCUUCGGCAAAGGGAAAUUAGUGUUUAAAGGAUCCUGUACAUAAAAUGUAUCUGAGAGAAGGGUAAAAGAAACAAAUUCAAAUGUUCAGAGUAUGGUUUGAUUUCCACUUAAGCAUCUAUAUGAAAAUAAUUUUAAAGAAAACAAGUCUGCAAAAAUCUUUUUAGCAUAUAUGUCAGAAUGAUAACUUUUCAUUUUGUGACUCUUUUUCUACCAUGUGGUACAUGGAAUCCUUUAUGGUAGUCUCUUUAUUUCAUUACCCACAAUCCCUAAUCUCAAUUAGGGAUUUUUUCUACUGUAAUGGAUUGAGACUUUGCACAACAGUUUUCUGAGCAGCAGCCUUUACUUCUUGGUCAGUUUGCACAUUCUCUGGCAAUUAAGAAAGAAAUUUCCAUCGUAAAUGAGCAGUAGUGGAUGCGCUCCUUAGGUUACACUGCUCUAGAAACCUCAUGCAUUGCCAGUUUUGGAUAGUUUACGCGACUUGUGAAAGGUUGUUCUUGGUUGACUCAUUUAAAAUUUGAAGCAGUCUCAGAAAACAUUCCUGUAUUGAAGCAGAAUAUACAAAUUGGCAAUAUUACUAUUUAGUAUCAGCUAAGUGCACAAAGUGCAGAAGUAAAAAGCAGUGAAUCUGCAGCAAUUUAUGAAAAGCAGCUGAAAUAAAAAUUAAAUUGUUUUCUUAAAUUUACAGCACACUGACCCUGUAGCAUGUUAAAAGACUAGCAUAUUUUUAUGGCAUAGGCUUCUGUAGACUAGGAUCCAUCUUAUAAAAGCUUAUUCCAUAAUCAAUAGUCUUUAAGGGUGCUACAAAAUUCUUAACUGAUUUUGCUGUGACGUGCUAACAUGGCUACCACAAUAGAACAACACAGGUUUGGUCCUUUGUCCGAUAGGUUUGUAUCUUUAGUUAUUAAAAAAAAAGUGUAGUGCCAUUUUACAGUGUUUGUUUAUUCUUUUGCUGCUUUUUAAAAAGAGGAUUGUGUAAAUUUAAGGGACUCUUGGUUGUUGAGAGUAUCAAGGUAUAGGAAAAAUGAUUUAAUUCAAGAGCUAGGAAAUAAAUGCAGGGGACUCUUUGAUACUUGUGAGGUUCCUGCUACUUGUUUUCCUUGAUUGGUGACUGGGGGAAUCUAGGAAGAAUCAACCCUUCUUAGAAUUCUUAAAAUGUACUCCUAACAUUGCAGUUGGUAGCAAUGCAAAUAAUUCAUCUACUGUUACAUAAGCUAUUAAAUGAAGCUUACCAUCUGCCUCUUAACCUUACUGUAGGUAGGCUUUAAGCAGUACAGUGGACCCUUGGGUUACGUUACCUUCGGGUAACGUAACUUUCGGGUUGUGAACGUGGCAAACCCGGAAGUGGGUUUGCCACCUGCGCAGAAGCGCUCUACGGUGCUGUGCCAUGCACAGAACAGGCACCUCCAGUUACGAAGAUUUCGGGAUAUGGCUGGGCCUCUGGAACAGGUCCCAUUUGUAACCGGAGGUACCACUGUAAUGCCCUUUGAUUUCUCUCUAACCCAGUAGUGUCUGUAAUGAUUUCUGGGCAUUGUCAGAAUACAGAAUUAAUGCACUGAGCACUCCCACAGAGACUGAUCAUGAACUUGUAAACUCUUUUCAAGGUGAAUGAGCAAACUCAGGGCAGGUGGUUGUCUGCAAAAAAUGAUUUUGACACUAUUGCACAUACUUUUGUUCUCUUUAGAUGCAAACGAAUUGCAGAUCUUGACUAUUUUCUUUUCUUCUUUUUAAUCCAAAAGAUCUAUGAUAUUCAGACUGGCAACAAGCUGUUAACUCUGUUUAAUCCAGAUCUUGCAAACAACUACAAGAAGAAUUGUGCCACUUUUAACCCCACAGACGACCUUGUCUUAAAUGAUGGCGUCCUUUGGGAUGUCCGCUCUGCACAGGCUAUUCACAAGUUUGAUAAAUUCAACAUGACCAUCAGUGGUGUUUUUCAUCCAAAUGGGCUGGAAGUCAUAGUCAACACAGAAAUUGUAUCCUUUGUGCCUGAGCUGUGACUCACACAAUGAUCUUAAGGAGCUUGGCGUGCUGAACAAAUGAUUGCAGAAUGUGGUGUAAUGUUUCUUGUUUUAUCAGAUGAAAUGCAGUAAUAGGAUUCUUCAAGAUAGGGCAGUAGCUUGGAUUAGUAAGUUUGUUGGCUGCGCAUAUUGCAAUGCCAAUUUGGGCCCUCCUGUUCAAAGUGGCUAGGACAAAGCGCUUUGCAAGGCAAUAUUGUAAAGUUGAAUUCAGAGAGUCAUUGUUGUCUGAUUUUCAAAUAUUAAUGAGGGUAGCAGUUCGGAAUUGGGCCAGGGAGGAAGAUGGGACAAUCAGACUUAAGUGUAGUAGGUCAGCCUUCUGUAACCUAGUGCCAUCAUCCCUGAUCUCAUAAUGCAGACCAUUGGCCAUGCAGGUUGGCACUGACGGGAGUUGUAGUUCAAAACAACGACACUUGCUUGGAGAAGGCUGGGCUAGAGGAAGUCCUAGAUAUUGGGAAGUCCUGCUUGAUCUUGGUGGCAGCUGCUGAGUCAGUGCUGGCAGCUACAAAGCUGGCAGCUACAUCUACCAACAAUAUAUUUGGCAUUAUUCACAUGCUAAUUGCUGCUGCAGGUAUUUCAAUAGAUGAUUGCGUGGAUUCUUCCCUAACACGUUCCUCAGUGGGACCUUCGAACUUUCCACUUGCUACACACAGUGCCAGCCUUGGAUCAGUGCCGUGUAGUCUUCAACCAUACUGGAACAGUCAUGUACGGAGGUAAGAUGCCCAUUAGUAAGAUGCCUUUUCCUAUGUUACUUUGUGGUAGUUAACAAAAACAUACAUAGCCAAGGCAUGCAGAAUUGCAUGUUUUGUCACUUAAAAAAAAGGCUCCUGGCUCAGCUGUGUGCUGGGUCUCAACAGGGAGUGCAAUGUCUUCCUGCAGAGUUCCAAAGGUGGGCUGGAACUUUGCAGCGGUUUGACUGACUGGUUAGUUUCUGCUACUUGUAGAAAUACAGAAGGGAUGCUUGCUGGUUCCCGGGGGCCUUGCAUAGAUGCUCUGUUUGGUUCCUCCUUCUCUCUCCUCAUUUUCUAGCACUUCUUGCUGUUACCCUGAUAUCUCGUUCCCUCUUCCAGAUUAUCCAUUUCCCUACUUGUUCCUUCCUCUUCCUUCCAAUGCAGCCUUACACACCUACUCAGUUUCCUUUGCUCUCAAGCCCAUCCUUCCCAACUCAAAGCCUAUGCAUAUACUUAUUCAACAGGUAGCUCAAAUUCUUCAGAGAAAAACGCUACAAUUUUUCUAUCCUUUUUCUGAAUAUGCCAGUCCAAUGGUCUAUGGCAGCCUUCUUCAACUUGGUGCUGUCGAAAUGUUUUGGCUUACACUUUUCUUCAGCCCUAGCCACCAUAGCCCAAGGGUCAGGGGCAAUGGGAUUCAUAGUCCCAAACAUCUGGAGGGCACCGGGUUGGGGAAGGCUGCUCUAGUUGGUUCCAUUCUCCAUGUUUCAGCGUCACAUGUGCUUUGCAUUCAGAAAGCACCAGCUUCAGUCUCCCACAUCUCCAGGUUGGGCUAGCAAUGCCACCUGCCUAUAACCAUGGAGAGCUGCUGCCAAUCAGUGUGUGUAGUACUGAGCUAGAUGGACUAUUAGCCUGGCUCAGUAAAAGGCAGAUUCCUAUGCUCCUAAAACAAUUUUAGACCAUCAGAAACUGCUUACUUAAACACCUUUUCCCCUUGAUCAGCAAUGUUGCAGGCUGACGAUGAAGAUGAUCUUCUGGAAGAGAGGAUGCGGAGUCCCUUUGGAUCAUCUUUCAGGACUUUCAAUGCAACAGACUACAAACCAAUUGGUAAAGAUCGUGCUUGCGCUUACAGUGGUGCCUCGCAAGAUGAAAUUAAUCCGUUCCGCGAGUGUCUUCGUCUAGCGGUUUUUUCGUCUUGCGAAGCAACCCUAGCGCUAUUAGCGGUUUAGCGGCUAUUAAAGGCUUAGCGGCUUAGCGGCUUAGCUGCUAAAAGGCUAUUAGCGGCUUAGAAAAAGGGGGGGAAAGCGAAAAAAAAAUCUCAAGACUUGCAAUACAUGUUCGUCUUGCGAAGCAAGCCCAUAGGGAAAUUCGUCCUGCGAAGCAACUCAAAAACGGAAAACCCUUUCGUCUAGCGGGUUUUCUGUCUUGCGAGGCAUUCGUCUUGCGGGGCACCACUGUACCUGAAUUUAUAUUGAGCAAAACUACAUACAGUGGUACCUCGGGUUACAUACGCUUCAGGUUACAGACUCUGCUAACCCAGAAAUAGUACCUCGGGUUAAGAACUUUGCUUCAGGAGGAGAACAGAAAUCGUGCUCCGGCGGCACAGUGGAAGCGGGAGACCCCAUUAGCUAAAGUGGUGUUUCUGAUUAAGAACAGUUUCAGGUUAAGAACGGACCUCCGGAACGAAUUAUGUACUUAACCUGAGGUACCACUGUAUAUUACUUUCACUUUCUUUGCAGAAAGCUUCUAGCUUGCUUCCUGGAGAAACGGUCAUAGAUAUCAUUACACCUCCUUUUAAGAAUGCAGUUGUGGUUCAGCUUCACCAAAAAGGAUUUCCUUGUGAACAGCUAGGGAAGGAAGGGGUUGCACCAAGAGGACCAGAACCCUCCUCCACUGUCUAUAUAUGUAAAACAAGGCAAUGCUUUGAAAUGAUGCUCACCAUGGAGAGAUUUAUUAAAAGGUUACACUAUGCCUGAUAUGCUUUUGCCUCUAGCUUUGAAUGAAUCACCCUGUUAGUACAAGAAAAAUGUUUUUGCUCUGAAGAAGGUGAUAGACUGUUAGGCACAUGGUUAGCUUAGUCAGAGCAUAAGAUUAUUAAUCUCAGAGUCGUGGAUUUGAGCCCCAUGUUGGGCAAAAGAUUCCUGCAUUACAGAGUGUUGGACUAGAUGACUCUUGUGGUCCCUUCCAACUUUACAAUUUGAUGAUUUAAUACAUUUCUCAAAUUUUUGAGGUUUUCUUUGUUUCCUUUUUGGCUUUCAGCAUCUUUUGUCUUGGCUAAAUGUGGAUUAAAACAUGUGUUCUUUUCCAGCCACCAUUGAUGUGAAAAGGAACAUAUUUGACCUGUGUACAGACACAAAGGACUGUUACUUGGCGGUGAUUGAGGUAAAUGUCUUUUUCUUGCAUUACAAGAACCAAACAAGAUAAUCAAACGGCUGUUCAAUUGUAAGUGUAGGUGUGUAACUGGGAUAGAGAGAUGAUGAUGAUGAUGAUGAUGAUGAUGAUGCAGGUGGUGUUGCUGAAUUUGUCAGUCCAGCAUGUUGGAUGGAAGCUAACCUACCAUACUUGGUAUCUGGUUCCUGUUUCAGAACCAAGGAAGCAUGGAUGCCAUGAACAUGGAUACUGUCUGCAGGCUCUACGAGGUGGGCAGGCAGCGUUUGGCAGAAGAUGAGGAGGAUGAAGAGGAAGACCAGGUAGCAUAUACAAAAUGUCUCCUUUGUUGAACUUUUUAGAAAAGCUUUGAAAAUAGCUUUUAAGGGUAGUAUCCAACUAACACCUUGGGAAGGAAACCCAGAACAGAUUUGUAGGGUGGGGUGCAAGGAGUUGUGCAAGUGGGGAUCCCUAGGCUGAUGAAACACACUGCGUAGCACUACACUGGGUGCAACCCUAAAUCUUUAUUGUAUGCCAUUUAUCUUACAUGGUUUUGGUUUGUUAUAACAGACAGCACACUAAAGCAAUUUUGAGUUGAGUUCUGAUGAGUGAAGUAGCUUGUAUUUGUUGAGCUGCAAGCAGGAACAGAUUUUUGGUGUCCCUUUUUUGCAGUAGUGAUAUUAGUUGUUUGUCUUCACUUUUUUUUUGUUAAUUGCUUUUACUAUGUUAAUAAGUGAUUGAAUGAAUCAGUCGCAGCAUGCCUAAACUAAGCAACCAAAUGGAUUGCUUCAGGAGGUGAAUGAGAAAAGAGACAGUUAUUAAUAUGCCUUCUCGUGGUGAUUUAUGGAUUUUCCUGGCACUCACGCAGCAGCUACAUUUCCAACAAUCAAAUAGGCAGACUUCCCUUGAAGUGGGCCAAUGCAUAUUGUGGAAAUGAAUCCAGAGCUGCUUAAGAGAUUCUGCUUUUCCCUUGUGUAUUAGGACCAUUGUUUCACAGAUAUACUCUAUUGUAGUUAACUCUUAAAAUGGCUAAAAUACUGUUGCUGCUUAGGGUUGCAGAAAGUAAUGUGACUUCCUAAGUUUGGUACAUUUCUUUGUGCCAAACUGUCUGAUUCUGUAUGGUUGUUGGUUGGAUUGUUUUUGCUUGUUUGUUCCAGGGUAGAAAUACCAUCAGUGUUUACAAUAGAAACAAAGUCAAAGCUGCAGUCAUGGCAGAGGAAAGUUGAAACCUUUUUCUUUUUGCUUAACUCAGAAUAAAAUUACUUUGCUUGGUUUCAAGGUAUGUCAUUUAGAUUAGGAUGCUCGGAAACUUUCCCAUUGGGCAGUUAUUUGCUCUUUUAUUGUAAGGAGGGGUGGAAUUAAAUAUUUUGUCUGUUCUUGACCUCUUACAAUCCAUUUAAGUGAAUGCUUAUUGUUACACCCACCCAUCAGAAACUCCUACGUCCCCAGUCCUGAUUUGAAAGUUGAACGUUUUCCUCAGGCAGCAGAUAUCUUUACAAGUUCAAAUGUUGGUGUUCCAAUUUGUUUUGAGUCUUGGGGAUAUUGGCUCUGCGUCUCUCUUAAUUAAUUUUUCCAAGUACUAAGUUGUUGCUUUAAACCAUGGUUGUUCAAGCAAUGAAGCUAAGAGAUCAGAGCCAAUGCUGGCUCCCCAGAGGUGCCUAGACCUGGUGGCACUUCUUUGCUUUACAGCAGUGAUCUUUGCGCCCUCGCCUGUUUAUGCUUGCUUGCUUCCUGCAGAAUAAAUGGACAAAAUGAGGUGUCAGAUGCAAUGAGUUGUCAAGCCUGGAAGAAAGUCUGUCCAGCUGUAUAGAAGCCCCUCUCAUUUGCUAGGGGCAUGCUGGAGGGUAAGCCAAAUAAUAAAAAUAAAGAAUGAUUUGAGCAAAACGGUGUUGUAUGCAGGGAGUUGGAAGAGAUGACCCUUAGGGUCCCUUCCAACUCUACAAUUCUAUGAGUCUAUGAUUAUUUAUAGGAAAUUGGCAGGUAUGUGUAAGCCCCCCCCCCCCCACUAGGCUUUAGUAAACUCUGUUCUUACAAGUUGUAGUUACAAUUUCAGCCCCACAUGUUUUCGGUACUUGCCUACUGCUGCUCUGCAACGUAUUCAGAGUUAUUCUUAAUUUUAAGAGAGAUGUUGUCUUUUGGAGCCAAAAUGCUAAGAGUUAUAUCAGAGCUUAGUAGUUUCUGUUCCUGCUAUUUUGCUAGCUGUUUUGCUGUCUCCCGCUGCCAAUGUAGAAAGCUUAGCUACUGCAUUGCCUAGGGGUGAUUACGUAGUGUAGAGCUAAACUGGAAAGGAAGAAGAGAUAAGACAUCACAAAAUAGAGGAGCUGUGUGUUGUGAGGUGUGUUCCCUGCCGCUUCCUGUACAACUCUUUGGAGCUGUGCCAAUUCUUCUAGCCCUUCAUUUGCCAUUUGGACUGCCAGGGAUGAGAAAUGGGGACUACCAGUGUUUCUGAAAGUGUUCUGUCUGGAAUCACUCUUGGUCUUCUUCCAUCAAGUAGGCCUUGGGUGGAUGAAUGGUUCCUAGUACUGUAUGGCUCCCUUAGUUGAAGCCCCCUGCCCCCCAGCUAACCUCUGUCUAGCUUUUAGGUACAGGAUUUCCCUAUCUUGCUUUGUUCACUAUCUACAGUUGGAAUUAUUGGGGGUCAGGGGAGUAGGUCAGGUAAAUUGCCAGCUUCAAGAGAGAGGCAAGUGCUGAUGCUUCUUUCACCUUAGGUCUUUCACAUCCCUUGGACACAUCUGCCUUUAAGAGCAUCAUGUCAGUGGCCAAGAUCAACCUUUUCCAUAGUUCAGCUAUUGACACGCAACCUGGAAACUGGAUAAUGUUCAGUCUGUGGAGGGAGGUAUGGGUCUUGGCCAUGACCACCGUUCUGUUUAAAUGGUUGCAUCAAGUAUCCAAUGCCAACUGGAAGCAAGUUCUUUGCCUUAGAAGUCCGCCCUGUUCUCUAGAGUGUGGGAUAGCUGGUUACUAAGUAAUACCUGAAAGGUACUCUCCACAUGUUCAGGGCAUUCUCAGCAGAGCCGAGUCUUAGCAUCCAACUUUUCUGUAGUGCAGCCCAGUUUCUGUGGUGCUCCCAUAGUGGCAAUAGUUGGUGUGGCCACUUUACCACAAUGGUACAUAGAUCCAGCCACUCUUGCCUGUCAGUCUUGCUCAGUGUGCAUAAUGCAGUACAGUUAAGUGGCUGAGGCAGAGUGGGGGCUUGUUGGCAAAAAGGAAUGGGCCUAGGCAUGUGGCUUACCUGACUUCUGCCAAUAAAUCCUUCCUUUGAAGCACGACAUGGUGACGUCUUAGGGCCUCACAGGGCUUUGAGGAAAGUGAUCAAGAAAAACCCAGGUCCUACCACCUUUCCUAUAAUAGCAUGCUAUGGGUUAAAUGAUUCUGAAUGGCCCCAUCCUUUUUAUCAUCUGCUAGAAUGGAAAGGUAGCUAAUGUAGGUAGCCUUGUAGAGAGAUCCAAAUUAUUUAUAAAUGCAACUAUUUGAGGAACUUGAUAUGGAUAACUGCAGGUGAGUCUAAAAUCCCUCUUAGUGCAAAGACCAGGUGGUCAUCUUAAGCAAGAGAUGCACUCACUUGUGACAAGCUGUUCCAGCCCAUAAUCAUUUUCAGUGCACCGUAAUUCAAGGCUUCUUUUCCUUUCACCCAUGUCGUUCUCAUUGGGAGAAUUGAGGCAUUGUGCUUGGUGUAGCACAAUAGACUUUUGUGAGGGGUAUUGUCAUCUGAACUGUUAGAUUAUGAACCUUAAUUGCUUGUUACAUGUAAGUGGAUGUUUUCUUCUCUAGAAUGGUGACUUUGAAUACUUAAGACUUUGCCUUUCCGAAAGGAAAACAGUAUAGCACCUCUAAAGGGUAGGCCUGAAUAUCCACAGCAGAGUGGUCUGCUGUGUGGCCUGAGGGCCACGUGCAGCUCUUCAUGCCUUUUUGGGCAGUCUCUGGCAACAUUUGACGCCCCUUCCCACAGCCCUCAUGCUGCCUUCCCAAAGCUGGAUAACCACCCAAUAAUAAAUAAUAAACACGUACCAAAUAAACUGUCCCCACAGGUACAUAAAGUAGCAGUUGAUCAGCAAUCACGUAACAGUGUAGUAAGCUGAUACUGUUGGCAGAACUCUUAAUGGCUAUCCACAGGUGUACUUAAUCAUAUACAAUUCCAGGAAAUUUAAAGAUACAGCAUCCAAAAUCUAGCACAGUAUCCAAGCAAUUCACAACUGAGCAUUUAAUGCCCAAAUAUUAGUUUUUCAAUGACUAGCUCACUGUGGAUCACUUUGUACACACAAUUAACUAUUACUUUUAAAAACUGAACAGAUUUAUCCCGUAGCAGAGUUUCAGUAUAAAGGCAUGCCUGACACAUUUAACAGAAGUGAAGCUAGUAGUGUAGGACUUUUGAAAAAUGUAAUUGGUUUAGUAUUAAUUUAUGAAUUAUGAGUGUGUGGUUUUUUUGGAGGGGGGGAUAAAAGGUUGGCCUUAAGUUUGCCUUGUCUGGGAGCAUCAGAUGCUGUCCUAUAUCAGAUGAAGCUAUUUGUCUGUAUAGCUCAGUGCCGUCUGCACAGGUUGGCAGUCACUCUCCAGGGUAUCAGGCAGAAAGAGCUCUUUUACCUUGCCUGCUGCUACUUGGUCCUUCUAACUGGAGAGGCUGCCUGGGACUGAACCUUCUCCAGGCACAACAGGCACACUCUGCCUUUGGGCUAAGGGUCACUCCCUGAAUUUGCUGCCUAAAAUAAAGGCAAAACGUGUGUUACAUAUCGAAACAACUUUUGCAACUUACGGUAGAUAAGUGGUUACUGUUUUAACUGGCUAAAGCUGUAGAAUGGCAAUAACUGUGUUUUAUCUCUUCACCCCAAUUUGGCACCUAUGACAAAUUGUUUGCUGUGUUGCGUGUGUCCCAUCUAUCCAUGUCUUCUGGGUCUGCAUAGAAGCCUAUGGUAAGAAUCUUACUUAAUGUGUACUAAUAUGCUUAGUCAGUUCUGCAUCUUGCUUUCAAUGACCCAUGAGGAAUUUGCAUGUAUAAAGUGGUACCUCUGGUUGCGAAUGGGAUCCGUUCCGGAGGCCCGUUCGAAACAUGAAAAGAGCGCAACCCGCAGCGGCGCAUCUACGCAUGCGCGGGUUGCAAUUCGCCGCUUCUGCGCAUGACGUCAUUUUGCGCUUCUGCGCAUGCAUGAGCGGCGAAACCCGGAAGUAACCCUUUCCGGAACUUCCGGGUCGCCGUGGGACGUAACCUGAAAGAACGUAACAUGAAGCAAACGGAACAUGAGGUAUGACUGUACUUGGAUUUUGAAAGCUAAAGGUUUUUUUUUUUUUAAAAAAAAGCCACUAAAAUAUUUCUGUCUGGAGCACAUUCUGUAAUGAUCAAAGAAGCAAAUGAACUCAAACUUGGUGUGGGGUGAGGAAAGGAUUAGGGAUAAGGUAGAGUUGUGAAGGCUUGGGGGGAGAGGAACUGUUUCUCUCCCCCACCCAUCCCCAUUUUUUUCCUGGGUAUUCAUGCCUCCACAAUAAGGUUUGGGAAAGACACAGGAAGGAAAGUAACAAUAAUGUUUCCUCUUUAGUACUGGAAAAGCAGUAAGACUAUUCAGAGAGGGCAUAGUUUUAUUUAAUACAUUUCCACCUCACCUUUUAGGGCAGCCAUUAAGUUGAACAUACAUUGUGAUUAAAUGAAGGAUAACAAACUUCAUAUGAAAUUGAAUUCAUUUAUUGCAGAUUGGAACGUAUGACAUAAUAGUAAAAACACAUUCUAUGAAGGAACUCCAUUUAUAUUUUAUGUAUUGAUAUACCAUAUAUAGGCUGGUACACACAGAUGCGUAUGUAUAGUUGUGUAUGUCUGUAAAAACAGAAUAAUUGGUUUUACUGGCUACAGAUGGUUUGGAUGUAGCAGUAAACCAUGGUUUACAGUUACGUUCAUGAACUUUGGGCAUACGUGCUCCCUCUCUCACCUCUCUUCCUCCAGCAUGGUUGCAAGGCGAUUGGAAGCUUUCAGUUCUGUUUUCAGUUAACCACGGUAUUCCCCAACUUUGGGUUCCCUAAUGUUGGACUGCAGCUUCCAUCAUCCCUGACCCUUGACCAUAGUGGCUGAGGAGGUAGAGGUUGUACUCCAACAACUGGGAACUGAUGGUUGAGGAACGAAGGUUUACUGUUAUGUUUGAAUCCUAGCCUGUAGUUGAUCAUAACUAUGGUUUAUUGAAACACAAGGUUUGGAUUCGAUUUGUUUCAGGAAACUCUAGCUAAGACCAAUCACAAUUUGUUGAGGUUUGGACAUAACAUUUAAUGGCCAUUCACUGAAAGUAGAAGCAAAAGCUUUUGUCUCUUCUGAACCUGAGGCCAAAUGUUAAGUGGGAGAGGAUGGGGAGAUAACAUGCAUAAGCCUGUGGCUCACCUAGGCUUCUUCGUGUGAGAGGCACCCAUACUUUAUCAUGCACUGGCCAGCAUAUGUUAUCUCUUCUCACCCAAUAUAUGAUACCUGUUGAAAGGGGGAUCGUAUUGCAUCCCUUAAUUAAAGAACUUAAAUUCGGAAGUGACAAAAAUUAUCCUAAAUGGGUAGGAGUAAAAUUAAAUAUAAGCCCUAUACCAUAUUUUAUUCAGGCUACUGUAUCCAUAAUAAUACACAAUAUAUCCUUUGUCAAAUAGGAACCAAAAUAUUCUUAUCUCAGGGCUUUUGUGCUUUGGUGAACAUUGUGUUGGCUCCAGGGCUCCAGAAAUGUUGGGCAUGGCAUUAUUUGUUAGAAGCACCAGCAGCUGAAAAUGCAAUUCCAGAAGAGUAGCUGUAUUAGUCUCUCACAGCAAAAGAAGUCAGAAGAAGUAAAUUCAAUAUCAAUGGGCCCAGGCACACUCGGCACUAACAGGCUAGGUCUCCAUUUGCACAAGACUGCAUGUGAGAGAAUUAUUGUUUGUGUGGGCUUACCUAAUGUAGACCACAAAUGAAGCCAGGUGAAAUUGUGGUCAAAUGUGUUGAGGAACCUCUGUUCUGUUGUUGUAUGUUCCAUCUGCUGUUAAGAAUUUUAUGUCUUCACUAGAGUUCUCAAGAGACCAAAAGGGUGGAAAAUGAUUCUUUAUAAAAUAAGAGUCACAUUCUCAUAAAAAUAGUUUAGCUUUUCUGUAGCAGAGAACAGUUAAGCUAUAGGAGGAAUAUAGACUCAGUAUUACAGAAUAAUUUUAAGCCCCAGUUAAUGGAGGGAAACAUAAAUUAGGAUAAAGGAAGAGGUCAUGGUAGAAAGGGAAUUGAUUUUCCUGAAACUUGGUAUUUUUCAGGAACUGUUUGACUAGAGAAACUCUCACAAGGUGACUUUAUGUACAUACUAUGGGUUGAAUGCAGAGUUAGUCAUACAUAGUAGACUUGUUAAAACCAGUGAGACUUAAACAGCUAUACUUUACAAACCUAAGUUUCAUUGAUUUCAGUGGGUUUACUCUAUGUCUGGAUCCAACUCUAUGCUGCUAUAUAGGGUCUAGAAGAAACGUAAAGGAACUAUGAAGACUUCUUAUUCAGAUGUAUUGUGCAGGAAGUGUUUGGGAGUGCUUGGGAGAUGUAGUACUAUACAACUACUAAGUGUUAUUUUUUGCCUAUUGAUCAAAAGCCAGAUUUUUAUUUGUACGGUACAACUUGUGGUUUACCUGUAGGCCUAGGAAGAUAAGUUUCUCUCCAAAGAGGCAUCCCUCUCCUCUUCCAAGACAUGGAUUCUAAAACAUUUUCUCCUACCAACCAGUGUUGUUGGGAUGCAUCUCUAGUCUGAGGUGUUCCCCUUGGUUAAUAAUUUUGUGAUUAGGACAUGCUGCUUUUUGCCUUGUGAGAUGGUCAGUUGUACGGAAACAAAGUAUAGGAAUAUAAUAGUAUGGGGAGAUCUGCUUUCUUUUCAUCACCUGAGGUAUGCUUUUCUUUACAAAUACAUUCCUGAUUCUUGUUCUUGAGGAUUCAGGAUGCAAUAUUACUGAAUGGGAGGUCCUUGACUCAACCCUGUUUCUCUGCAAGCUGAAAAAGACUUGGCCAGAUGUUCUUCCACAAAGGGUGCCUGGCAUAUUCUUGACCAAACGAGGGUGUGUUUCACUGAGAAACUUGUAAGCUUGUUUAAUCGGAAUCUCCUUUCUUGUAACAUCAGGAAGACCUUUCUGAUAGUCAGAGCUGUUCAACAUUGGAACUGUCUCCCUCAGGAGUUUGUGGACUCUCCUUCCUUGGAGGUUUCUAAGCAGAGGCUGGAUGGCCAUCUGUCAUGGAUGCUUUAGCUGAGAUUCCUGCAUUGCAGAGGGUUGGACUAGAUGACCCCGGGGUCCCUUCCAACUCUACAGUUCUAUGAUUCUAGUGUGCAUUUGUUGAAGGCUUGUGAGAUUUGAAUAUAUGCCAUAAAUAAAACUUAAAGAACUAAUAAUCACUAUUUGCUGUCAUUGAUUGUACGUUACUGGAUUGUGCUUAGAGUAUGAGUUUUGGAGUGCAUAAUACCUGUCACUUCAGCUUUGUCCGUGUGUCUGUAUGCAGUCUUGAAGAAGGUGCGUGCUGAACAGGGUGAAAUGAAACUUCAGGUGUCAAUCUUUUAAUUACAAUAGCCAGCAACUAACGCUUAUUUUUCUUAGGUGAUUGCAGGUUCAGGUGGAUUGCAAACAAAGCAAGCAAGCAGGAGACCCUUGCUUCCUGGGCUCUGGAGGCUCUCGUUAGAUCUCACAAGGCCAUCUGAAAAAACCUUUUUAAACAUAUAUAUAUUUUUAAACAUAUAUAUAUAUAUAUAUAUAUAUAUAUAUUGCUUCCAGGGCUGUGGGAUGGUCGCACAAGGCCUCUGGGGUGCUCCAGUGAAAUUUUGUGGGGCCGUCUCAUGAGAUCUUGGAUGGCCCUGAUCUUGAGAGAUUUCAAAUGGCAGGGGUGGUUCUGGGUGUCAUUCUGACUUUGCACAAUGUUGCCUUUGCACGUGGACCACCCAGAAUGUACGUUACGGGCCUACUAUAUUCUAACAAGUCCUGAUGAUCUUGUCGAGAAGAAGUGGCAUUGGGAACUUAGUGCUAGGAACCCUUAUCUCCAUUAGCAAUUACCGUAUUUUUCGCCCUAUAGGACGCACCGUCCUAUAAGGCGCACCUAGUUUUUUGGGGGGGAAAUAAAGGGGAAAAAAUUAUAUCCCCCCCCCCCAGGCGCAGGGGGCUCCCGCUGCUUGCGGAGAGGUCCACAAAGCCUGGACGCGCUGAGCUCAGCGCAGGCAGGCUUCAGCGUGCAGGCAACUCUCCGCAAGCAGCGGGAGCACUCCCGCUGCUUGCGGAGACGUCCGCGAAGCCUGGAGAGCGAGAGGGGUUGGUGCGCACCGACCCCUCUCGCUCUCCAGGCUUCAGCGAAAGCCUGCAUUCGCCCCAUAGGACGCACACACAUUUCCCCUUCAUUUUUGGAGGGGAAAAAGUGCGUCCUAUAGGGCGAAAAAUACGGUAAUCUUGGCAAACAGGUGGCAUUCAGUUUGUGUGUAUGCGGAUUGUCUUUUCUUCUCAUCAGUGGGAACUAGCCAUGUGUGGAAAGCAUAAGAAAUUUGUCAGUGCUUGUCUCUAGUACGGUUACUUUCCUCAUUAGGACAUAACAGAGAUCAACGACGACAAAACCCACACUCAGGAUCACCCUCUCAUUCACAAAACCUCUCUCUCCUCAUUGUUUCACCUCGAAUGGGAUUGAUGUUAUGUAGGGCAAAACCAGAUUAAGCUCCUUAUGUUCUUUGCCAAAUAACCUGUUCUGUGUUGUCUUUUGCUGUGUUGCAAAUAACAGCUUUUAAAAUAUUGUACUGACAAGGUCAAGGUAGUCAGGCUUCUGUUGAAUUGAGAAGCACAUACAAAGGCCAUGUGGUGCUAGCUAAUAACCUUUUGCUCGCGUAACAACUGAAGAGGGCUGUUGUUCAGGAGGAGCCAAUGGCAGCACACGUAUCUCUGUUACCGUUGCUUUCAGCCCUUUCAGUUUUUGUUUAUUUUAAUGGGAUUUCUUCAUAUCUCUUCAGGAGGAGGAGGAACAGGAAGAAGAUGACGACGAGGAUGAGGAUGACACAGAUGACCUUGACGAGCUGGACACUGACCAGCUUCUAGAGGCUGAUCUGGAGGAAGAGGAAAACAACGAGAAUGCGGGAGAGGAUGGAGAAAACGACUUCUCGCCUUCUGACGAUGAGGAGCUGGCCAACCUGCUUGAAGAGGGAGAUGAAGGAGAGGAUGAAGACUCUGACGCUGAUGAGGAAGUUGAGCUGAUCCUCGGGGAUAGUAAGUAUACCUAGGGAGAAAUUAACUCUUUGGGGGAUUCCAAAGGGUUAAAAGGUCCAGGGCAGACCAAAGAUACCAAUCUGAGGAAGUGUGCGUGCACACGAAAGCUUAUACCCAGAACAAACUUAGUUGGUCUCUAAGGUGCUACAGGUUAAAGGUAGUGUAAGCACUGCACUGCCUAGUGUGCAGGUCAGAUUCUUUGGUCCCAGGUUCCUGAAUUAAUUUUAGCUAACUCUCAUAGGACAACAACUCCGCUCAUGUGACAAGCCUGAUAGCUGUGCAUACAGGUUGUUACUUGAUGGCAUGAUGUUUGUAGAGUACGUGUGCUUUAAUUUUUUUUACCUGUGCUACUAAACUGGAACCCAGUCCAGGUUCCCAGGCACCUGCAAGUGGCUGUUUGAAGAUGUGUGGUGUGGCUCACACGUUACGUAUUUGUUGGUGAUCCUGCAGUAACCAGAUUUGCCAUGUGAUUGUGAAGUUUCCCAUUGCUUUCCUGAGAGUAUCAACUGUAAAUCGUUGGUGAAUGAGAAUUGCUGAGAUGCUCUAGCAAUGGAGCUGUGGGAGAGCCUGGGGCAUAGUUUUUCCAAUAGUGUGUAGUUGUCAGUUAGUGGGACUUAUUUCCAUGUAAACAUGCCACAGGCUCAAGCUGCAGUAAUCCCCCAAUCAAUACUCCACGCAGCACGGCAGAAGAAAGUCAGAUAUAGCCAACACUACCUUCCUUUAGCCUGCCUGUCACUGGCUUUGUAAAAUUAAGCAUGCAGCUACACAGAAGUUCCCAGAGGCUUGAAAGCAGCAUGAGCCAGCAAGUUGUGUUGCUGCCUGACCGUCCUGUGUUUGAAGUUGCUGCAUCUGCCCCAUACUGCCCCCCUUCUCUCCCCCCUCAUCUUUUUGGAUCUUCUGUUUCAAAUGAUGUCUCCAGCCCAGCUGACCUACUGCAGCUCUUUCUCUCUAAAAACAUUUUCUUGAAGAUCAAAAAGGGAUGGGGAUUGAGAGGUGCAAGGGAUGGAGCUUGAAAGUUGAGGGAAAUAGGGUUAUUUGGAAAGUGUCAGGAGCAGGUGUGUGAGAAGAAAGUAUUGGAUUGGAUAGUUUGUGCUUGGAGAACAAACUUUCUUCCAUCUGUAUGGAAUGGUGGCAAGAGGGGUUAAUCUUACAGGGGAGCCAUGCUAAUGACCUGAAAGCAGCCCCCCCCCAAUCCUCACGGAUGCUUGUGUCUGUCUGUUAAGGGGACAGAUAACUGUUGCUCAGUGAAGUGGGUUGGCGUUCAGUACAUGCUCAGAGGUGGCUUAUUUAUUAUUACAUCCUGUAUUCUGGGAUUUAAUGCUGGUAAAGUGAGACAAAAAACGGCGGGCAUGGGCAUCUGAAGGAAGGGAGUUAAAUGCCUUUUCAUGUGUGUGCUGAAUACAUGGCUGGUGGUGAAGUGGUGGACUUCUACAUUGCAGGGAUAGAGUGUUUCUAUUGUAUAGAAAGAAGAUGCAACAGUGCUUUAAAAAGAGGGUGGGAGGGGGGAAAGCAGGAAAGGGAAGAGAUGGAUAGACAUAGAAAGUGAGAGAAGGUGACCAGGCUUCCUGGAAGCUGUGUCACCUGCCCUGGAAUCCUCCUUCCUGCCCUUUGAUUGCAUGUUUCUCAUUGCAGGCAGCAGUUCCUCAGUUCUGAGGGAAAUGCAGUCUGCUCAUUCUCAGAGGCACUUUGUGCAUUAUGUCACAGCGAGAAAGUUAAUCAUUUAUGUUGGAGCAAAAUUCUUAAUUUUCACAACUGGUGUGCUUGUGUGUGUAAUCUUGGAAAUUUAAGGUAGUCUUGGUGGGGGCAAGCUAUGGGUGUGUGGAGGGGAGAGAGAGGCUUCCCUUCAGUGAAAUCGCUGGAACCUUUGUUGUUAAUUUCAGCAGAGGCAGGACAUCGGAUGCCCGGAAGGUGACAUGUUGCUGGGAGUGUUUGAGAAGACAACCCUCUGUCCCAGUCUGGUUCCGUUUCCGUUCAUCCUGAGCUAAAAUGCUUUUGCUAGCAGACUCAUGUGUGCUCUUCUCUUGUUUUGUUGUAGUGCAGCCCUGCUUCUCUGCAAUCAGGCACAUGAACCUGGGGGCAAGCACCCUGUCAGGUCUCCAGCGAUUUUCUUGUAUAUUUGUCAGUCCUCUAUGUUCUUAAUGGUGGUAGGUAUUUUGUCCACAUCCCACCAGGACAUGUUGCAGAGCUCUAAUUAAAAGAUGGAUUGUAUCUAAAAAGAUGCUGUGCAAUUGUUGUACAUUACUGGGGGAAAUAAGCCCAUUAGAGGGUUCUGGAUUGCAGCUGAAAAAAUAGCCUGUGCAUUCCAGCAGAAGCUAGUGAUGCCAGAAGGGAGCAUUACUGAAAGUAUUUGUUUUUUAAUAAUUUCAUUGCAUGGUUCCCCUGCCUCUUCUCACAUCUAGGCAGUUUCCUUCCAAAGUCUCACAAUAUGCAAACACAAAUAAACAGCUCCACCUUCCUGUUGUCUCUGUUCUCAUGUAGAACAUGUGGCUCUGUGGAUCUGCCUGUUCCAUAUCACAGGUCCUCUCAGUUGCUUCUGUCUAGCAUCUGUCAUGCAAAAUAAGUAUUUGGCUGGCAUUGCUCUUCUGGGGACUUUUUAGUGUGAAGCAUCACGAAAAACAUGGGAGGUGGUGGUGGAGGAUGCACUUGCAAGAAGGGGUGGUGGGGAAAUGUGACAUUGGUGGGGCAUUUUGGGAGGAGUCUGUGGAAGCAGAGGGCAGGAACUGAUAGCAUGCAGGAAUGGAUUGGCAUAUUUACACUUCGGGAGGAUAAGUAUGUAUUCUGCGUAGUAAGCAGAUGACACACACUAGAAUGCUCACUUCAUGCAGAUGCCACUUGGUUGCUGAACGUUUAAAGUAAUUUAAGUGCUCCUAUUCAUCUAUUAGGGAUGCGGGUGGCGCUGUGGGUUAAACCACAGAGCCUAGGACUUGCCUAUCAGAAGGUCGGCGGUUUGAAUCCCCGCGACGGGGUGAGCUCUCGUUACUCGGUCCCUGCUCCUGCCAACCUAGCAGUUCGAAAGCACGUCAAAGUGCAAGUAGAUAAAUAGUUACCGCUCCGGCGGGAAGGUAAACGGAAUUUCCAUGUGCGGCUCUGGUUCGCCAGAAGCGGCUUAGUCAUGCUGGCCACAUGACCCGGAAGCUGUAUGCCGGCUCCCUCGGCCAAUAAAGCGAGAUGAGCGCCGCCACCCCAGAGUCAGUCAUGACUGGACCUAAUGGUCAAGGGUCCCUUUACCCUUUACCUUUACCUUUAUUCAUCUAUUAUCACUCUCAAAUGAAGAUGUAUUCACAGGUCAGACAUCAUCUUCCUUUAGCAAAAAUGCAUCCAAUCUUUUUCCUUGGGAUUGGUUUGCAGCCUGGUUGUCUUUUAUAGGGGGCGCACUAGCCAGCUAAACUGUGUUUGCUGUUUCUAGUCCUCAUUUUGAUGACUUUUAUGCAGCAUUAGCUGUGAGCUGGUUUUAAGUCCAUUUCACACAUGCCCUAUCAAUAGCUGUUUAUGUAUGGAUUUGAUGAGUUGGGUGGAAUGGAAGAGAGGGAGAGAGUAUGAGAGAAAAAUGCAUUCAUUAUUCAGAUGAAGGAAAAUACUGGAUUCUAAAAGUUUGUGAUUGGAUCUUAAAAGUGCAGAUCAUGUAAGCUGCAAACACAUUUACAGUGCAAUCUUAUCAAUGUGUACUCAGGAAAAAAAUCUAGUUGAGUUUGGUGGGGCUUUCGUCUAGGUAAGAAUGUAAAGGAGAUUUAGACUCUGAUUUAAAAAUGAUUUCUUAGAGCUAUAACCGUUACAUGGAAAAACUAGUAGAGAGAGGAAAAGGAGUCCAAUAAACCUGCAUGGGAUGGAACUAGGGAUUCAUUGUCCACAAACGCUCACAUUCAAAGGAAUAGAGAUGAAAGAGAAGCCCAUCCACAGCCAUUCCAAUAAUAACAUUAAAACGAGGCUUUCCCUCUUUUAAAAAAAAUGCUGUGUAAAUCUGGUGUGUGUGUUUGUGUCCCCCCACAGGUGCUUUAUUGGUACCUCCUCAGAGUUAGUGUCUUUCUAUCUGCCUUGCAAAACCACUCUUCUUUUCACCGACGCUCAAAUCCCAGGGGCAUCAUCUCAUGUAGACAAUGGUGCACACUUCAUUAUUGUACCAGAUUCCUGAACUGCUACUUUCAAAUAUACCUUUGCAGAGUUCCCUCUGAAGAGCACCGUCGGCCAAUAUCCACUCCACAUACCCUGAAAAAGACCUGCCUGGUCUUUUUACUGCUGGUAUUCUGACAGGAGGUGGUUUUUGUUGAUUUCAAGAAAGUGUGUCCUUGAAAAUCUCAUCAAGGACUCCAUUAGGAAAACUAGGGGUUAGGAAUUGCUUGUGAAUGUGCUUGCAUUUCUUCAGAGUUGUUUCAGCGGAUCCUGCUGAAGAAGACAACUCUUCCAUAUCCUAGACAGAUUUUCUACAAGAGUUAGGGAAAAUGGCCACCUGAAUGAUCACUGAGUGUUUUUUCCCCUGUCCCUUGAGCUGUGGUGUGGUACCAAUCAACUUACCAAGAAGCAAGUGCUAUUUUGGAGACAGUAUUAACACAAAUAUUGCACAUAAUUCACAUCACCCAGUUGCCCUUUGGUAGACUUUACUGUAUCCCAACAUCAGCUUCCCUUGUGGCUGGUUUACCUUAUACUUACUGUAUGCUGGGUGAGGAAAGUCACUCAAGAAAAGAGGUACUCUCUUCUGUUUUGAGCUGGGCCACUUGUGCUGAUUCUGCCCUCCUCCUGUUUGUGCAAAAAAGGGGUGCACAGGAGCAGGGUUGUACAAAACAUAAAGCCCCCAAGCUCAUUCAUUCAUCUCACUUGUUUGAAACAAAAUAAAAAAAUUCCUUCCAGUAGCACCUUAGAGACCAACUAAGUUUGUUAUUGGUAUGAGCUUUCGUGUGCAUGCACACUUCUUCUGAUACACUGAAACAGAAGUCACCAGACCCUUAUAUAUAGUGAGAGGGUGGGGAGGGUCAACAGGUUUACCACACCUAUCAGCCAAUCACCCAUUCCCAUCACCCUUCUGAGUAAUACCCCUCCCCACCCUCUCACUACAUAUAAGGGUCUGGUGACUUCUGUUUCAGUGUAUCUGAAGAAGUGUGCAUGCACACGAAAGCUCAUACCAAUAACAAAAUUAGUUGGUAUCUGAGGUGCUACUGGAAGGAAUUUUUUUAUUUUGUUUCGACUACGGCAGACCAACAUGGCUACCUACCUGGAACUCUCCCUUGUUUGGAAAGUCUUUAAAACUUCCAUUGUAUUUAAAAACAGUCCAAAAAGUUUCUUUUUAAGAUAUAAUAGAAAUAAGCAGUUACUUCAGCUGUGUUUGUGGAUGUGAAGGACAGCUGAUUGUAAGGUGGCAACUGCUUGUCUAAAUUGACUCUCCUUGGUAGUCAUUCUCCUCUGGUUGCAUUGAUCAGUUAAAUCCUGUCCUUGCCUUUCUCCCUAAAUACUUAGUAUACGCUUCAACUUAGGAACAAUAUAUUGUACCCUUUCUGUGUCUCUGGAAACUCACCUUGUUUUAGUGCCCGUUGCAUCUUUUACUCCCACUACAGAGGAUUUUGGAGCUACAUACUGCUUCUCUAGAGUGUUUUCAGUAAUUCCUGAAGGCAUCUCACUCUGGUGGUAAGUAUUCUCUUUAUAAUGAGGACCUGUGCCUUGGCUUGUGGUGAAACAGUCCUGUUUUGCACAUUGUUUAUGGUUUCUAGCUGGCAUACCACUCUAAAGGGUGCCUGUGCAUGGUCUUUCAUAUUUGACUUGGAACAAGUUACCCUGCUUGGUGUCUUUUUGACAUAUCAGACUUUGCAUUGCUCAAAUAACCCAUUUGUCCCCUUUCCAGCUGACAGCUCAGAUAAUUUGGAUUUGGAAGAUGACAUAAUCUUAUCUCUGAAUGAGUGAGGAGUGGCCACCCCACAGGAUGUUGGCAGCAGGAAAACUCCGUUCUCGGAAGCCAGGAGGCCAAAUCCGGGAGGUGAUACUGAGCAGCCGCUCAUAUCCUAAUUCUUGGGAGACCCAUCUAAAGAACUCUAGCCCUUCUGAUCUUGCAGUGGACAGAUGCAGGCUCCUGACACAUCUGGAACCUUCCUACCAAGAGACCCAGGGGCUUGACCUUUCUUUUUCUCUGCCUUUUUAUUUUUGGUUUUGAGGCUGAGACAUGACUCUCCUCUCCACGGGGAGUUCCGAAGAUAUUUCACAAUAUAUUUUCUUUGUAUAAAGUUCUUUCCUAAAGAACAGAAAUAGUUUUAUAUGAAACAAAAAAAAGGAUAAAAAACAAAACAGGCAGGUAUUAUAAAGAGGGUAUGGAUUUGUGAUCUUCUAAUGUUUAGUCACUAUGACAAGUUUCUGGGGGAUAAAUAAGUUUAAAAAGGGCAUUUUUACUGAAAAGCGUGGCAGGCAGGGUGGGAUUGAAUCAUGGAUUGUAAAAGCUGUAGGUGAUUUUUAUUUUGAACAUAAUUUUUUAAUGGAUGUGUUGCUACCUGCUGUGAAAUGUUCGGGUUUUUGUUUUUUUUGUCUGAUGACUCCUGACAAAAGCCCUGCGAGUUCCUGCUAUAGUAGCCAUGGCAGAAGACUAGAGAUCCCGUUCUGUCUUGCUCAGAAUCUGCCAUUGCUGGAGAUGAAGGACUCUAGUUUACAAGCUCCUCGCCUCACCCCCUUCCUACAUAUUUUUGUGUUUGGAAUUUUAAAAUUUUAUUUCCCUCCCCCCUUUUUUCCUUCUGCCCUUGUGUGAAAACUACAAAUCGAAGGCCUUUUUUUCUUUAAUGUAAAUUGUAUUUAUUAAAAAAAUAAAUAAAAUCCAAGUCCUGUCUGUUUG